AUGUUCCGGCAGGUGCUGCGGGGCCGCUUGUCGCCCCACAUGCUGCCCCUCAUGGCUGCCGUGCUGCUGGAGCGGAAGGGGAGGAAAGAGACGGGCUUCUAUCACUGGAGGGUAAUGUGAGGCUUGGGGGAAAAGUGCCGUCCGCUUCUUCGAGGAAACCUCCGCGUGCAUAAGCCGUAGCAAUUUUAGUUUCUCGUGUUAGGGGGCGAUUUUCGCCUCAAGGCGGAACAAAACAAAUAGUUUGUUGGGACAUCUGCGGGAGGAAGGGGCUUUAUUUAUCUGCCUCUGUUUUAAUUUUAACGUUUUCCAGCUAAAUAGGGUGAGCAGGGGCGAAGAAGGAACCUUAGUGGUUGGUAGCGCCUCUGAAAUUUCAGCUCUGCAAGCUUUUCUUAACUUUGCAAAGGAAGCUUCAGCGACCUCAGCGGUUCUGUCGUUUCUCGUCUUCCUCUAUUUAUCUCCAGUGGAGACUUGAUCCAAAGUGAGAAUUUUAAGCUGCACGCUUGCUUUGGGAGAAAGCCCCCUGCAAUUUAAUAGGACUUCUAAGCAGACAAUGGUUAGGGAUGUGUUGUUAGGGACGCUGCUGUUAGUAGAUUCUGCAGGAAACAGCGCAAAGCCAGGUUUACUUCUGGGAUAAAAGAGCCUAGUGAGUCAGAAGAGUGUUUGCAAUAUCAUCUGUGUAGAAUGAACCAAAUUGUUCGGUCUAUAAUCACUGACAAAAAAGAGUGCUGUAUUUGUUUUUAGGAAUUUAAGAACAUAGAUUGUCAGUCCAUUUAGCUUAGUAUUGUGACUCAGACUGGCAGGGACUGUCCAGAGUUUCAGGCAGGGAUCAAACACGGGACCGCUUGCAUAUGAAGCAUGUGCUUUUCUGUGCCUUCUGUCCCCCGACUUUGAUGGUGGUGUGGGGGGUUGAAAGAGUGUUGCUCAGCCAUCCAGUGAAACCGUUUUUUAACAAAUAAAAAAAUGACUUAUUAGUGACAGUGUCAAAUCCCAGUCAGAAAUACAGGCUAAUAUGGGCUGUGUGCGCAUGUACCUUGAAAGCACAUUUGAAGCAUGUUUCCCCGCUCAGAGAAUUCUGGGUACUGCAGUCUCACUUUUUGUUUACAAUGGAUCUGUUAGUACAAGUCUAGCUGCUGUGUGGAAUGUUAUCUUUUUGCAUGUUUGCUAGGCAUAGUUAAUGUUCAAUGUAAUUCAGCUUACUAUCAUUGCAGCGGGAGAAGCACCCUUACUAUAACCUCACAGUGAAAAUCCUCCGAGCCAGAAACAUUAAAGGAACAGAUCUUUGUGAGUGUCUGGAGACUUUAUUUUGCUUAUUCUCUGAACUGAUCCUCCACAUGUCUUAUUAUUAUUAACCAGGGUCAGCAAACUUUUUCAGCAGGGGGCUGGUCCACUGUCCCUCAGACCUUGUGGGGGGCCGGACUAUAUUUUUUGGGGAAAAUGAACAAAUUCCUAUGCCCCACAAAUAACCCAGAGAUGCAUUUUAAAUAAAAGGACACAUUCUACUCAUGUAAAAACAUACUGAUUCCUGGACCGUCCGCGGGCCGGAUUUAGAAGGUGAUUGGGCCAUAUCCGGCCCCCGGGCCUAAGUUUGUUUACCCAUGGUUAAGACAGUCUCUUCAGCAGAUUGAUUUGCUGUGCUGUUGUGAAAAUUACUGAAACAUAUACAAGCAAAAAGCAAUGUGUUUCUAAUAAUGGACAUAAGAAGAGCUAAGAGUCCAUUUAAUUCACAAUCCUGACUCCCACAGUGAUGAUUCGGACACCUAGAGAGCCCAUCCAGCUUCUUCUUGUAUACACCAGUAGUAGCCACAUGUCGGACUACAACUCCUAUUAGCCAUAGAAAGCGUAGUCACUAUAUGGAAGUUGAGAACAUCUGAAUGGCACCAUAUUGGUUACCUCUGGUCUACGCUGUCUGGGAGUGUCUCUCUAGUGUUUCAUACAGGUUUUCCUUGCUGUGGGUUUGGCCAUGUUUAAUUUAGUUUCCCUGACUGAUUUGAUGGAGUUGAUCUUAACCAUUCAUGCUGAGUCUAACUUGUCAAAAGUGGCUCAUGAUUUCACGACCUCUGUGGCAGCCAUGGGUUUGCCUCAAAUUCUAUCUGAGCCAAAAUAUGAGGCAGCACACAUUUUGGAAUUGGGGUUUGUGUGGAAUAGAUAGGGGAAAAUGAUCUGUGGGUGUGGGAAGCCCUUUUUGGUUUUGUUGCUUUAUUUUGUUUAUUUAAAAAAAUUAUGCUCUGCUUCCUGCACAAAGCAGUUUAUAGUCUGCAAUAAAAACCAACUCCACCUGGCAAUAAAAUAUAAAAUACAACUGAACAAACAAACAAAAAGCAUAAAAAGUGGAGUCCAUUAAUAGACUAUAAAACCUAAAGCAGGUCACAGAAACCUUUGAAAAACAACAAUAAUUAAUGUGUGCAGCAGGGGUGGGGAUGGGGGUGGUUAUUUUUUUGUUUGUUAUUAUGUUAUGUAUUUUUGUGGUUUUAUGCUAUAAACUGCCCUGGGAUCCUCAGAUGAUGGGCAAUAUAUAUAUAUUCAACCAAUAAUAAAUGAAUAAAUGAAACGUGUAAAUUAAACUAGGCUAAUUUGAGAACGCUUGAGAGAAAAGAAACGUUUUCAACAAAAUGUUGAAAACUUAACAAUGUUGGGACAUGCUUGCUUCUUUUCUCAAGAAAGAGAAUUGCUUCACUUCUAGAGGAAGAGAAUUCCAGAGAGCUGGUGCCACAACAGUGUUAAUGUGCUCAAGUAGCAGCAUGUGUUACCAUCAUCAACAGAACUAAGUGACUGGGUUAGGGUGUGGAUGUAGGGGAAGAGGUGGUUUCUUGGAUAACCUGAUCCUGAACUGUUAGGGAUUUAUACACUAGUAGUAAAAAAUUGAAUGUAGAUCAGUAGCAAAUUCGCAGCCAGUGUAGCGUUUUCAAUGGCAGUGUGACAUCUUAUCAAUAGGUUGUCCCAGACCCCAGCUGUGCAGCAGUUCUCAGUGACACAGCAUUGACCUUUAGGCCACCUAUAAAUAACAUCUGCAAAAGAACCAAAUUUGUUGUUAUGACCCUGGAGGCUGAUGAAUACAGAUGGUUUUCUGAAUCUUGGGGGCAGGGGAUGGGACUUCCCCAUAUAGCUUCACGUUGAUAUGGAGAAGACAUCCAGACACUUGCACUUAACUGUCCAUUAAUGACCGUCGGCUCUAACUCUCAUUUCCCUCUAUUCAUCCUAAUUGAGGCUGUCAAACCAUUAAACCAAAGUCUCAAGACAAUUUUGGGCUGAAUAAGGAUGAACAAAUUGAAACUUUUUCCAGAUAGGACAGAAGUACUGUGGAAAUUGGCUACUCUAGAGGGAGAUAUGCAAGCCAUCUUAGAUGUGGUUCCACUCCCUCUGAAGUACCAAGUAUAUGUCUGGAAGUAGUACUGGACUUCAGGCUAAGUAGGCAAGCUCAGGUGGCAGCAGUAACUAAUAGUGUUUUUUAUCUACAUAGGCUGAUAUACUAACUGAGAUCCUAUCUAGAGACCUUGCCUCUGUUACCCAUCUUGCUUGAAACGUGCAGGCAGGACUAUUGCAAAAAUAGUUGAGAUAAUGAAUGUUAAAUAGGGGGGAAACCCCAAUAAAUGUCUCUUGCAUAACUUACUUUGAGUGGAAUCUGGACUGUUUGCAGUGCAUGCUGAAUUAAUAUAGAACAACAGUGAAAGAAAGAAAGAAAGAAAGAAAGAAAGAAAGAGAGAAAGAAAGAGGUUUUUUUGUGUGACAAUGCCUUCAGUAAUCACAGAUACUUGAUUUUGGUCACAAUUCCAAAGAAGAUUUUAUUCACAUCUGGUUGGGGUGCCUGAAAGUUAUGGUACCAUUUAACCCAACAUGAGUUUAAGAGCAUAACAUACUAUGCUAAUAGAGAACUAGGAAGCUGCAUUGUAUUUAUCAACCAUGGCUAAAUUGGCAUACAGGGAAGACAAUUGUUAACCUUCAGAAUGGUGGUUUAAGAUUUGGAAAACCAUGAAAUUAUUUUGCCAAAUUAUCUGUCUUUUAAGAAAUCUGUGUACAGCAGGGGUGAGGAACCUGUGUCCCACAUAGACGUUUUUACAUUCCAGCUCCCACGGUCAGCAUGGCUGAAUGGGGUGGGAUGAGAGCAGUAACAUCUGAACAUGCUCCCCAUCUCUGCCUUACUCACUUAAUCAAGCUUGAAAACAGAUAAUCCUGUAUAUUAGAAAAGAACAUAUUAGUACAUUAUUCUCUUUAGUUACAUUUGUUCUACAUCUAAAACCCACUGGUAGAUUUCAUGAGUUAAUACAACUCCUGUUCUUUGUUUUAGUAUUUAUUAAGCUGCUACUUUGGACUAUGUUGAAAAGCUCCUAUUCAUUCUCUUAGUCUGCUGUUAGUUAGUUUUUUGUUCUUUUGUUUGUUUGUCUUUUCGAGAGAGAGACACUUUCCUGGUCACAUUUCUGCCCUUUUCCCCUCUAGUGUCUGAGGCAGAUUGCUAUGUAGAACUGCGUAUGCCGACUGCAUCACCACUCACUUACCGAACACGAGUUAUUGACAACUCCAGUGAUCCAGAAUGGAAUGAAACUUUCCACUAUAGAAUUCACAACGCUGUCAAGGUAAAAAAGAUCAAUACUUCUUGAUUCAGAACAAUCCUGGGAGCAGGAUUUGAUCAUGUUAUUUUGCUCUCAGGGGGAAUUAUAUGGAAAAAACAUGGCUUUCCCCAAUGUCAUCAUCAGAUCUUGCUGCUCACAGUGGUGGUGCAGUGGAUCAGCCCUGAACUUUUUCUUUUUAUCUCAGAACAGCUCAGCUUUUACCUGAAAUACGAUAUUUAAUGCACACUUUCUUUCCCUACUGUUUCAGUUCUGGACUUCUUUUGUUUCAGAACACGCUUGAGUUGACACUCUUUGAUAAAGAUGUUCUCUUAAGUGAUGAACUUACUUCUCUCGUGUAUGAUGUGACAUCGAUGAAGACAGGUCGCCCUCUGAAACAAACAUUUAAACUAAAAGAGGUUAGUUCUUUUGUUUAUUGAAUUGGGGGGGAGGGAAAUCAGGUUCUCAGGAAUAUUCUUGAACCUAACUUUGCUCCUUGAUAUCUAGGUAGGUUUGGUCACCAGUUACUUGUGUCCUGAGCUAUUUUUUUUAGCUUGUUCCUGCUGCUAACAUAUCUUAGAGUCACAAAAGUUGGAAGAGACCUCAAACGCAAUACAGUCCAGCCCUGUGCUGAUGUAAGAAGUCUGUCUGUUAAAGAGAAAAAUAACUACCAAACUUUUAGAAGACAUCUGAAGGCAGCCCUGUUUAGGGAAGCUUUUAAUGUUUAAUAGGUCAUUGUAUUUUAGUGUUUUGUUGGAAGCCGCCCAGAGUGGCUGGGGAAACCCAGCCAGAUGGGCGGAGUAUAAAUAAUAUAUUAUUAUUAUUAUUAUUAUUAUUAUUAUUAUUAUUUGUAGGACAAAGAAGAGCUGGAUGUAGAGUUUCUUCUGGAGGAAAGGUGAGAGCUGCUAAAUUUUCCAUUGUCACGGUGGCUCAGAGGCGUAGUGGGGGGACCAGGGCCUCAGGCACAAUUUUGUGAGUGGACGCAAACAGGCAUUCCAACAACAGGCUCCUUCAUUGGAGCGUGGUUCCAAGUGAGAAGGAGCUGCGCCUUGGCUGCGGCACUCAUGCCUGGCCACAUCUCUGGCCCUGGGUCAGACCUGACCUGGUUGAGGAGGACAGGAGAAUGGGCAGAUUGCUGUUGCCCACCAUCCUCGGCCAUGGCGCACCUUGCGCCCGUCUGCAGCAGCUCUGCCAACAGGUCACAUCUGACCCAGCGGCAAAGAGCAAGAGAGUGGGUGACAAUGAAGCUGCCCACCUUCCUUGGCCGCGGCACACCUCACACCCAGCUGCAGCAGCUCUGCCACCGGGUCAGGUGUGACCCAGUGGUGAAGAGUGGGGGGAGAGAUAGCUUCCCCUCUCCUCCUCUGGACUGCGGCGCCUGGGAAGGCACCCUCUGUGGCCCACCCUGUUAGAAUUCCUGCUCCAUGAUUGCAGUCAUGGGAUUUUUGUCUUUCACAUGACGGUAUAUGGUUUGACUCCACAGAGUGGGAAGUGACGGAGACAGGACGUUUGUCUUACUGUGUUCCGUGAAGUGGGACUAUUGUCUUCUGUUCUUUUUCUCUUUCCUGCCUGAUGCUAGAGAGAGAGGGAGCCAUAUUGCAGUGCUCCGUGUGUGUUUAUAUGUAAAUAAAGUAGAUUAGCCAAAAUGCUGAGUUGCUGAGCUCUGUUACGCCUGAUGCGCAAACUCUGCGGAUUCCUCUGCAGUCGUUGGCAUCGGUCGCUGUGAUGUUGGGGCAGAAGAAAGCUUUUGAAGCUCCCAAACGAAUGACCAGGAGGGAGAGAACAUGCCAGUUGGGCAUGUGUCUCUGCCAGGGUCCUACUCAAGUGUAGGCUGAACUCCUCACACCCCUUGAGGGCACAGCCCGCACAUCUGCCCCUGGCAGCAUGGCCAUACUCUCUGCCGCUGUAGUGGCUGCAGUUCUAAACAUUCAAGCAAUGAAGGAAGUCAUUGUAUUCCGUGUGGCUUACUUUUAAUCUGAUCCUAGGAGGUUUCUGAGCUCUUAGGGGUGGCUUUUUGGCAUGUACAGGGCACUUCAGUGAGGAAGGGGGAAAGCCCCAUUGCCCAAGUGGAAUCUUGCUUGCUUCUCUUUGGUUCUAAGCCUUUGUCUUGUAUCACUGGCAUUGCAGCCAUAUGCAGUUUUAUUGGUAUCUUAGGCCUUGCCUUUAUUGAGUUAUUCUAGGGGUGACUGAAAUGAUUUAGGUGUAUAUAGGCAUGAUUUCCCCCCCCCCUUCAUUUCCUUUCUUGAUCAUUGCACAUUCAUACGCACAAUGGCCUUUCCCCUUGCCUUUGACAUCUGAGAUGUAUAGUUUCAGGGCCCACCCUAUUUUUGUGAUUACAUUUUUUGUAAUGGUAAGUUUUAAAAACUGUUUUUAAUGUUGUAUUUUAAAUAGUUGUCACCCACCCUAGGAAGUAAGGGUAAAGGCUGUGUAAAAUACUACUACUACUACUGAUGAUGAUGGUGAUAAUAAUAAUAUACAAAGUUAAUGCAUUCUUUCUUUUUGUCUUCUGUGUUAAUUCUCAUUAUUGUAGCUGACUAAGCAGAUUUUUAUGAAAUAUAAACAAUGCGUAAUUCCUGUCCCAACAGGCUUCUUUUUUAAAAGUAGGAAGUAGAAAGCGAAGGGUAGAUGUAGUGAUAAGUACUGUAUGUCACAGGCUCCUUUCACAGAUAGUAAAUUCAAUAUUUAAUAUUUGAGUCAUGGGAAUUGUGCCUCGUGAGAAACUAUUCCUAAAACACUGCUGCAUUUUAAAUACGUUUUAGGACCCACCCUAUUCUCUUGACUGCAAUUUGUUUUAAGCCGAUUUGGCUAUUUUCUUUUUAAAUGGCUGCAACCUAGAAUGGAACCUUAUGGUGAAGUUGGGAAGAAAUCAAUAUAAAAUAAUGUUGAUCCCUGCCUUAAAGCACCUGGGGGUCUUUUUAUUUUCCCUCUUUUUUAAUGGCACGUGUAAACAUAUUUUUAUGUUUGUUUAUGGCAGUAUUUUGCCUUUACAGCACGGAUGCUCCUGGUGAAGUUAUCACAAAUGGUGUCCUUGUGGUGAGUGUUCGAAGAGCCAGAUGUUUGGGAAUUGUGUUUUGUGGUGUGCACACUUAGCAGGAGAGCCCUUUCAAAAUCAAAGCAUUUUCCCUCUCUUUGAAAUACUUAGAGCAAUUAGUUUUGCCGUUGUGUGUGCGGGUAGAGGAUAUUCAAGAUGAAAGGUGAGGAAGAGACAGGAGCACAGCAGUGACAGACAACACUUCCUUUUCACUGGUGUGAUCAUCUCUAUCUGUUCCCCUUUGGUUGUCUGCUGGGAAAGCUUUGGAAACUGCAUUUCGGGGGUGGGGGUGGGGAGUGGAACCAAAACAUUUUCCUGGAAUUCAGUCUAAACCCUUCACUGUAUGAGAAGUCAUGCAAAGCACCAUAUUUCAAAACCAGUAUUUUAAAAUUUUGUUUUGUUCUAUGUAGGCGUACCCUUGCCUUUGCGUGCAAGGGGUUAUUAACAAAGAUGAAAAGCCACCUCUGAGAGAGCAGGGUAAGUCCAAUUUUGGUUUUGUUCCUCUCCCGCUCUGCCCAAAUUUCAGAGUAGAUAAACUAGGUAUUCUUUAAUUUGGAUGUUUCAUGAAUUAGUUGAAGAAGAAGAGGAGUUUGGAUUUGAUAUCCCGCUUUAUCACUACCCUAAGGAGUCUCAAAGCGGCUAACAUUCUCCUUUCCCUUCCUCCCCCACAACAAACACUCUGUGAGGUGAGUGGGGCUGAGAGACUUCAGAGAAGUGUGACUGGCCCAAGGUCACCCAACAGCUGCAUGUGGAGGAGCAGGGAAGCGAACCGGGUUCACCAGAUUACGAGUCUACUGCUCUUAACCACUACACCACACUGGCUCUCGAGCAAGAAAGUCUAUACAAGUUCUCGGCUACAGCUCAUGGUUAGCAAGGGGAGAGAGCUUAACCACAAUUCUUGGACUGCUAAGUUAAAAGUUGGCUUAGUGUGGUGUAGCACAAAAAGGACUGGGGAGCUGCAAAGCAGCUGCAGGUUCUUCUCGGGGGGCCAGUAUGUGUGCAUGGUCUUGUCUCAACAUGUUGAGUAAGCUGUCUCUUUGUGUCACCACUUCCUUCUUGGCUUUCUGACUCCCAGGCCAAUAUGCAUCCUUGGAAAGACUGUUAUGAAAUAAGGAGAGUAGAGAAACUCUAAAGCGGCUUGCUUAAAGUGUACAUUUGUUAGGAAAGAACGUGGGUGAUAGGGUAGAUCUAGACACAGGUUAAAAACUCUAUAGAUAAGUCAGAAGUUAAAUCAUUACAACAAAAGAAGAAAAAAAAGCCUAUGUAAAAAUCCAUAUAAACUCCUUUUUGCUCUCUGUCCCCAUUUGGUGUUGGAUGUUUAUAACGCAUCCAAAGCGUAUUAUUGUGAUGAAUGUAGCUGAGUCCUUAGUCUUUCCACCCUGUUUUUUUGCCUUUUCGGACGAAAGUGUUAAUUUUCAUUUUCAAAAUGAUACAAAAAAUCGGGUACAACAAUUUGAAGUCUACUUAGUCAGCUUCUUCUUCUUCUUUAUUUCAUUACCAUUAAUACCUAAGUGUGGUAUAUACAUGGAGGAGGCAGUAGGCUUCAUUGCUUCAGAAUCCAGAUUUUCCAUUAAUUUAACCAAAUUUCAAUCUAUUAAUAUUAGUAACAAAGAGAAUUUUUAAUAUCUUAUCCAUGAUGUAGGAGCUUGGCAUUUUGUUAUUGAUACUUUGGUUGCUCUGCCAUCUCUAAGAGUAGUCUCUACUUACAUAUUGUAUAGGAUUUCUCUUAGGAAUGCAUGUCCUAAAUGUCUCACUGUCGUUUUUAGGAAGCAGACUGUUCAAGCUCUCGCUUCCAGGUGCCUAUGAGAAGCAGUUGUCCAUUCCUUGCAAAUCGGACUCCGAUCAGAAUUGUGGAAACUCAUUUGUCUUUCAUGUAGGCCAAGGGAUGUGUUCAGAACUGGAUGUGGAGUUAGAGCGAACCAUUACCAUCCUUCAGGUGAGAAAUCACCACACAUCCCAUUAGAGAAUGCUUACAAACUUGUUUUCCUUAUGAAAUGUAUUUAUUUAUUCUCAGGAUGGAGUGAGCCCAGACUUUGAAGAGCAUAGUACAAUUCUUGGAUCAGGGAUUGUUCCACUGCAGUCACUUCCUCUGGAAAAGGAAGUUGAUAUGGCUGUUUCACUAGGAAAGGUAACAGUAUGAUUUAUUUAUUUUUUAACUUCAUUUUAGCAAUUUUGGGUUGGGUUGUUGCGGAAACUCCUCUUGCAAGGUCUUUCAGGUGUAGAUUGGGGUGGCUAAUCUGUAGGCAGCUAAGCACAUCUGGCCCCCAUGACCCACCCUCCCCCCUGGAAAUUUGUCAUUUAAGGGAAGGUUUAUUAUUAUCAUUAGCCUUUUGGUAUUUGGUUUAGUAUCUCACAAGUUAUGCAGGCCUGAUUUAAAGUAUAAAUGUAUUGUGUUUUCUUUCAAGUUCCCUGCCACCAAAAAGUACCACAUGUUUGUCCCUAAACACACACACAGAUAUUCACUAGGUCAAUCUGUUGGCUUGGUUUUAAGGUUUUAUUCAGUUAGGCACAUGAGAUGGUGCUGGGAUUGCCUGAAAAGGUAUGUUCUGUGUUUAUUUGCUCUGUGGGUAAGGUCCUGCAAAACUGACUCAAAGUAAGGUCUUUGGGGUAGAGGUAGCGUGGGGUUAAGGGACCAAAAGGAAGAUAACAUUGCACUAGCUGGUUAACAAGAAGAGCAUGGGUUAAUUAAUUGGAAAAUUCCCCCCGCAACCUCUUUCAGUGUGUGCUGUCUUUCAUCUUAGGAUUUAAGUGUGGAUCUACACGUGAAGGCUGAAAAAAUGUGAGUCUUGCACCCAGGAGCUGUUUUAGGGGCAUAAUUUUAAUUUGCUUUUCUGGAUUCGUGAUUGCCAGCCAAAGAAAACACAGGUGCAUAUGGGUGAGGAUGCUGUGCAACGAGUUAGUGUGCUCUUUGAGCCUUUUCCUGCAGAGGCCUCCCAGUGCAGAAGAGGCGUUACUUAGUUUCAAAAGCUAUUUGCCCUGUUGGGUGCUAGAGUUGCAGGGAAAAAUACACAUGCAUUUCCAAUGCACUGUAUGUUGGAUUCUCAACCACUUUCGACUUCCUUCUUUUUCAGCCAUGACUUAGCUUAGUUUUUGUUUUUUUUUAAGUCUCCAGUCUGUUGUCUUGAAAUUACCCAAGCCUGAUUUGAUUUUUGAGAUGAACUUUUUCAGAAUACUGAAACACUUCAUACAUCUUUCCAUUAUUUUUUAAGGGAGGGGAAAACUGUAUGUGUGUGUGUGGGGGGGGGGAGUAUAUGUAUUUAAGAGGAGGUGAGAUGAAUAUUGGAUCUUAGAAUCAUAGAAUCAUAGAAUCAUAGAGUUGGAAGAGACCCAAGGGCCAUCGAGUCCAACCCCCUGCCAAGCAGGAAACACCACCAUCUUGUCCCACACCUGACACGCAUCUCUCACCCCACAUCACAUGUUGGCCAAAAAAGUUGCCAGGCCAUUUAUACUGUAUAUAACCACCAUAUUUUCUCCUUUAACACUAUUUUCUAUACUAGGACAAAGGAUCUUGAUGUACGUCUGGGUUUUGAUCUUUGUAAAGAAGAGAAACAGUUUCUGGACCAGAGGAAGGAAAUAGUAUCUAAGGCACUAAAGAAGACGCUGCAGUUGAGAGAGGACCUUGAUAAAGAAGAGGUAUGUGACUUGUCAAUAUGAUAUGCAGAGCCAUUCGUAAUUGGCUACAGCUCAUAAUAAAAUAGGGCAUCUUGUUGUUCAAGAGUUUAUUCAUUUAAUUUCUUUUAUUGCAUUUAUGUCCCACCUUUCCCCCUCCAAGGACCUCAAGUUGGUAUACAUGGAUCUCUCUCUCUCUCCUCAUUUUAAUCCUCACAACAGCCCUGUGAGGUAGGUUAGGCUGAGAGGCAGUGAGUGGUCCGGGGUCACCCAGUGAGCUUCAUGGCUGGGUAGGGAUUCAAACCCUAGUCUCUCAGGUCCUAGUCCAUUACUCAAACCACUACACCACACUGGUUAUUAUAUAUCCCAUAUUACAUAUCUCAUUUAAAUAGGUGUCUUGGUUUUUUUCUAAAUAUAUAUAUAUAUAUAUAAUAUCUUUAUUAAUCAAUCUUUAUUACGGUCCAGAGACCCAACAGGUCUUCAAGAUGGCAUCGUUAGUGGUAGCAUUAACUUGAGCUCUGCAUCAGUUGUGCGGUUUUUAUUAGUUUUAUCAGUCUUUUAUUAGCUUUUAUCAGCCUCAGUAUUUUAACUCUAUCAUUUGGCAGCUUUUCCUCAACAAAAUUCACAAAGUUUGAGGUAAAAGCUUGAGUUAAAGGUCUUAGAGAAAGUCUUGGAAAGUCUUGGAGAAAGCCUUAAUUAGCUCCAGCUCAACUCAACCUACCAACUAAAAAUAUUUUAAAAUGAUUCUGUCAGACAAAUAGUGGAAUAAUAGGAAUACUCUGUAACAUAUACAAUGCACAAUUUUGUUCACCUGCUUUCUCCCCGCCCCCUUUUAAGGUACCUGUUAUAGCAGUCCUAGGAUCUGGUGGAGGCAUCAGAGCACUGACAUCAUUUUAUGGCAGCCUGUUUGGGCUUCAGCAACUAAAUCUUCUUGACGCUGUCACAUAUCUCUCUGGGAUCUCAGGCUCUACAUGGUAUGUGAGCAUGAAAAUUCUUAUUUCUUAUCUUGAACCAGAGGAGGGAAUAACAUUUCUUCUUGCGCUUUUUGGAGUAUUGAUUAAAAUAGUGUUUCAUUCUAGCAUCUGAUGAAGUAAAUAAUUGCCUACAAAACCUUUCAAUAAGCUUAAAAGUGAAACUGCACACUUUUCAAUAAGUUUUUUUAAAAAAUAGGACAGUCAGUUGAUUUCCCAGCAGCCACCCCUCUCCCCCCGCACACACUCUGUCACACUCACAUUCAUACAAAUACACAUACAAAUAGAAUGGAUGCAUCUGUAGCCCUUAAAUAAAACCAUGUAUUUCUGUACAAAAUAUGCUUCUUCAGCUUUGGGUUUGUUUCUUAGCGUGCUUAAAAAUCAUAUCAUGAACUCUGUCUUGUCCUGUUCAUAUGUCUCCUACAGCUUAUCAUUCCCUUUCUAAGCUAGAAAGUCUCCCUUACAGCUUCUUUGUGCUGUAGCCGCAACGGAAGAGAACACUUUCUUCUCAAGUUUAUUUAGAGCUCAUCUACAUUUGGCCCACUGCUUCCCCCCAGGAAAACCAGUGUGGGAAAGGCAAAACUAGUUGGACCUGUGCUUAGAAAGCAUGGACAAACAUAAAACUGCUCAGACCCUUGCUUUCUAGGCACGGGAGAGCCCUUAGUCUUUUUAAGCAGACAGUGACUUCUAAAAUACUCUUACUUUAGAAAAAGUAGCGGAUAGUAUAUAAAAAUUAGAUUUGAUGCAGAAAUUUAAUAUUUUAUCUUUGCAGGUGCAUGUCAAUGCUGUAUAAAGAUUCUGAGUGGUCCAGUAAAGAUCCUGGAGACUUUAUCAGCACUGCCCGGGAUAAAAUGUCAAGCAGUAAAGUAGGAGCUUUUUCUUCAGAGCAGCUGAAGUAUUACUUUCAAGAACUGGUUGCAAUGGAGAAUGCUGGACGGAAAGUGUCUUUCACAGACCUGUGGGGACUUAUUGUAGAGUUUUUCCUACAGCAGAAGGUGUGUUUUUGUUUUAUUAUGCACUUUGUGUUUUUAUUUUGUAUUUUUAUGUUGUGAGCUGCCCUGUGAUCUUCGGAUAUAGGGUUGUAUACAAAUUUAAUAAAUCACCACCACCUACAGUCGUACUUUGGAAGUUGAAUGGAAUCCGUUCCGGAAGUCCGUUCGACUUCCAAAAUGUUCGGAAACCAAAGCGCGGCUUCUGAUUGGCUGCAGGAAGCGGCGUUUGGGAGCCAAAACGUUUGACUUGCAAGGCGUUCAGGAUCCAAGGUACGACUGUAUAUGUAAUAUAUAUGCAUUGCAAGUAAAUUCUAAAUUUGAAACCCUUAUUGCCUCUCCUCUAUUCAGGAAGACCAGUCAAAGCUGUCUGACCAGCAAGAAGCUGUGAAACGGGGGCAGAAUCCCUACCCAAUCUAUGCAUCUGUUAAUGUGAGGCCCAAUGUUAGUGGUGGUGACUUUGCAGGUAUAGUAAGGCAGGUGUAUUUCUUUCUCAUAAAAUCUGUAAGUAGUUUUUUCCCCCUCUAGCAUGGGCCAUUUACCUGCCAUUGCACAGUUGAUUAUUUCCCUGCCCAUUAAGGAGGGUGAAGUGAAAGGAUGGGGGUGGUGGCUGGUGAUGGAAGAGAAAUAGUAAGGAUAGAAAAGUGGAUGAUUAAUUGCGAUGGGUCAGGAAAUACUUUGCGUAAGCCUUAACUCCUCUCAUAGUAUUUUGCUCUCCCUUUUUUCACUUGUCAUGAUUUGACAGCACAGUUUCAUUAUUAUAGUGAACAUGUGAAUGCUAAACACGUGAGCAGCAUAUAAACUAGCCUUAUUACUUUGACUGGGGGGAAUACAGCAGCCUUGUUUGCUUACCUGUUUCUGAUGUGGUGCUGGUAUUUUCCCUGUUAGAAUGGUGUGAGUUCACGCCCUAUGAGGUUGGAUUUCGCAAGUAUGGUGCUUUUGUCCGAACAGAAGAUUUUGACAGCGAGUUCUUCAUGGGGCGACUGAUUAAGAAACAUUCUGAGCCCAGGAUCUGCUACCUGCAGGGUAUGAACUUUGUGCUGGUUGUAAGGCAGAGACAAUAACUUCAUGAAGCAUAGUGUCAUUACCUUCUGAUUCCUCAGUUAUAGCCUACAGGGGUUUUGUUGGGUGGGUUUUGUCAUGGUCUGUUAUUUCAAGUUGAGAAGGAAUGUCUUUGCGGGUCACAUUAGUAGAGAUGUGGGUGAGCAGGGCUGCCAUCUCCUGAGGGUUGAUCCCAUUUCAGGCCUCUCAAUAUUUUUGGAGUAGGAGCCGCUCCCCCCGCCCCCGUGAUGUCCCAAAAGCGUGGAGGCAAAACGCAGAGCCAAGUGUGGCAUGGCUAGUUCCUCCUCCUCCUCCUCCUCCUCCUCCUUCUGGAAGGAGAGUCGAGCUAGCCUCCCACCAGCGGCAGUUCCAGGAGGAGUCGCCAGCCAAUGGGGUCACCGUGUUCAGCUCCGCCCCCGGCUCCCCCUGACAUCCUGAUGUUGCACCCCCCUACGCUUACAAUCUGGCACAUCUGUGGAUGAGGAUUUGCCUUCUAUUGUGGUUUGGCUUGGAGUCAUAACAAACCACUUUCCUGACAACACUCUGCUUUACAUUUACAGUACAAGCUACACUAAAUGUUGUAGGUAGAUGUGUUGGUGGGUUGGUAGGCCUGCUAUGUUGUAUCUUAGGACGGAUGGUCCUCUGGCCCCUUCCCACUAUCUAAUCUCAAACUUUUCAUGAGUCGCAGCCUUUAAAAGUACUUGCCACCAUAUCCUUUGGCUUAUAUGCCAAAAUGCCUUCUGAGCAAUGUACAACCAAGAAAUCAUAAUUAAAAUAUGCAAUAACAGUUGCACCUGUGGCAACUUUGCAAAAGUUAGCAAUAAUGUCCCAGCAUAUAGCUUUAAGCUGAAAACAGUUGCAGCCUUUGUGUUGCUAAUGUCCUGUGCACUCUUUUGAAAUAAUCUUAUUUGAAACACCACUAGAGGAAGCACACACAAAGAACUCCGACCUACCUCUUCAUGGGGAGAAUCUGAGGUUUAAUAUUAGCUAACACAAGAUAAGGUUGUAGCCUGUACCUUGAUCAUGUGUAUAUUUUUGUUUGCCAAAGUGGGGAGAGCCUUUAAAUUUGAUUUGAAAUAAUUUCCUAAUUACUCUACAGGAAUGUGGGGCAGUGCCUUUGCUGCGAGUCUGGAUGAUGUAUUUUUGAAGGUGGUUGGUUCAGGACUGAGCUUUCUAGAAUCUCUUGGUGAUGUUGUCAAAGUUAUUGGUAAGGAACAAAGUUGCUCUGCAUUAUUUUGCACAAUAAUAUCUUUGCGUGAGAAUUUGGUUUGGCAGGCUAUGGUACCUUCUUGUUAACAUAAUGUUGAAACUUUCAAACAAUAGCCAGUCAACAGAACAGGCAUAAAUUUAAAGGGUAGUUGAACUUUUUGUUCUAUGAAUACCGUCAAAAUUGUUCUCAACUGCUAAUGGGAUGAUUUAUUCCAACUUUGUUCUUGAGAAAAGUGGAGGAGCUACUUAAUUGAUUGCAAAAUUACUUACAAGGCAGGGAAACAUUUGAAAAAACUGCAAUUGAAACAAAGCUGUUGAGAAGAAUGUGUGACCCUGCCAGGGCCAACCAGGAGUUCCUUGGCAGCACUAGGAAUCAGGCCCAUAUCUUAAGAUUGUUUUCCUGAUAUGCUAUUUUUAGUCAUCUCUCUUCAUUCUAACACAUGUUACAUUUCUGUAAUAGAGUUUUCGAUUUGAAUUCAGAGCAUCUUAAGUUCAGCAAUGAGUGUUGUUUGACUUUGGGCCAAUCAUCAUACUCAACUUAACAUACAGUUGUUUGUUUGAGGAUAAAAUGUUUGGGGCCGGGGAGAGAGGGGAAGGUAAAUCUAUGUAUAUCGUUCUUGGGAAAAAUAUGGGAUUGUUGCUGGUUAAUGACCAGCUUGAUCCCGUCCAACUCAGCUGUAGCUCCCAUGUACUGCUGAAGGGAUCCCAAGACAGUAUUACAGAAGCUUAUUUCUGUCUACUCCUUGUGCACAUCUGAGACACUCAGUGCACCAAGCCGUUACAGUGAUAGGAGGUCUGUGGAUGCCUCCCAUAUUCACAGCCAACCUUACCCUCUCCAAUUGAUCCCGGAAUGUAAGUUUGAGCCGAUAAGAGGGGCAAAUUUGGAUAGGAGUGUGGGCGGUGUGCAUUGUCUUCCUGUGGCUCCUAACAGCUUGGCACAUUGUUUGCCUACGCAAUGUGCUGCACUCCAGAUGUCAUUGAACUACAACUUCCAUCAGCCCCAGCCAGCGUGGCCAUUGGUCAGGAAUGAUGGGAACUGCAGUCCAACAUCAUCUGGGAGACACCACAUUGGCUGCCUCUGCCUAGAAAGAUGCCUCUACAGAUGAAUGCUGUACUUAAAGUCAACAGGUUUGAACUCAUAACAGUAAGUUCCACAUGGUCACAGUGUCUGUGAUUUUUCUUAUCAGUUACUAUUGGCAAUACUGUAGGAAUGUUUACUGGUCAAUGGUGAGAAUGGUAUAUAAAGAGCUAUCAGUUGCAGAUCACAUGGUAUCAUAGUAUUUACACAUAUGAAAGACAGAAAUGGCUGUCUUAUAUGGGGGGUGAAACCAUGAGAGGUACACAUAAACUCCAAAUCUGAACUUUACCCUUAAAUUAUUUUACAUGUGGUGGAGCAAACUUAACUCUUUUAGUCUUGAUACCAGUUUUACCUGGUCUUCUUAAUAACUGUUAACGCUGCUUAUCAUUUAAAAUAAUUUUAUUUAUUGUGUUUUUAUUUAUUGAGGCAGCACAAAGGUGGCAUAUAAAUGAAUAUUUCAACAGCAGAUAUACGGCAAAGUGAAAUACACAAAUCUUGUGCGCAUUGUUUCAAGGGCUCACAAAGUGUAAAGAGUGUUCAUGCUAAUUGAAGUAUCUGUUUUCUCAAAACCUAAAGAUUGGAGAUAUAUAUAUAUUAAAAACACUGCGUGAUUCAUGAUUGUAGAUGACUGUCGACGAUCCCAUCUCCGGGAUCCUAUGAGGCUGAAGACUCGUCUGGUUAUACCUGGCGGACCUUUGAUACAAAUUUUCCAGGACUUCUUCAAGUCUCGUGUUACAGCUGGGGAAACUUUCAAUUUCAUGCAAGGAUUGUACCUGCACAAGGAUUACAUCAGAGUCAAUAAAUUUGUGCUCGGGAAAGGUAAAAUUUCUUUUUGGAAUAAAAACCGACCUUCCCUAAAGUUUAUAGAUUAGCAAAUGAAACCUGCAUAGUGGGAAAAUCCUCUGUUAAUAGUGUCAGAUCUCCACUAAAAUCCAGUCAGGUGCCAAAUACAGACAUGGCUUUUCCUCUCUUAGUAUAAAACAUUCAAUUAUAAAUUGAAUUUCCAUUGAAGGUAUUGGCGGUUCUGUUUCACCAUUGGUAAAAAAAAUUUUUUUAGCAUACUGUGUUGCUUUUUUUUAGGUACUCAUUUAGACGCUUUCCCUAAUAAGUUGACUCCAAUGGAAGAAAGUCUGUACCUUGUAGAUGGUGGCUUUUCUAUCAAUUCUCCCUUCCCCUUGGUACUGCAACCAGAGAGAGAUGUUGAUGUCAUCCUAUCAUUCAAUUAUUCUUGGGAAGCGCCGUUUGAGGUAAGACAAAUCAUUGUAGCCUGCCAAGUCAACUUGAGGUUGUUGGGUUUUUUUGGCUUCUUAAGUUUUCUUGGCACUAGUUCAAGUUCAGCUGAAGUUUUUCCAGUAUGGUUCCAGUUCAAGCAAAUGAGCAUAGGGAAAAGGUGCUAAUAAUUGCCUGACUGUUUUUUAUGUCCCUCUAAUACUUCAGGUCUUAGAAUUGACUCAGAGGUACUGCAAAGAACGGGACAUUCCUUUCCCAGAAAUCAUCUUCACCAAGGAAGAUAAAGAAAAUCCCAAGGAAUGUUACAUGUUUAUGGAUGCUGAGAAUCCCAAGGUUCCCAUAGUCCUUCACUUCCCUCUCGUUAAUGACACCUUCCACAAAUACAAAGCACCAGGUAAGCACGUGAGCUUACACAGCCUGCAUUUUAAAGUAUCUAGUUGUUAUUCCCAAGUAGAAUGUUGAACUGACUGAACAUUUUGAACUUGAUUUUGGUGUGGUCAUUAAGCUGUUCUGGAGAACAGCAAAAGGUGAGGAAAUGAACUGAGUGUCCUCAGAACAGUCUAUUUUAAGGAGUAGAACUUGAAAAUCUAAAUAGAAAAUUACUAAUUCCUUUAUGAAUAAGGCUCUACCCUACCAACCAGUUCUGUCACGUAUGCUGGUGAUCUGGUUUAAUAUUUCAGUGGCUUAUAAUUAGCUAGUGGGACAGCAUCAAUACUGACAUAUUAUGAAGAACUUGGAUCAUCAUUUUUGCUUGGGACUUCCAAUAAAAACACACACAUCUUAAACAUGAAUGUUGUUGUUGUUGGUUUUUUAAAAUAUUUUUUAUUGCUCAGUUUCCACAUAACAAAUUAUCAAGCCAUAUAAUCACCUACAUAAUCCCCCCCCAUUUUUUAUUCCCCCCCAAGGACUUCCCUCAGCUCCUCUCCCUGAUUUCGCUGCACAUAUUUUCUCUGCAUAUUAUAAAACUGUAUAUAUCCUUACAUACCUGUCCAUCAUGUUAUCAACAAUAAAUUUGUAUGUGUUUAUUCAAAACCUGCCAAGGAGUCCAGUUCAUUUUGUUGUAUUUUUAGAUAAUUUGUAUCAAGUUCCCAUUCCUCCUUGAAAUCACAGUUGUCCUUGUCUCGCAGUUUGUAUGAAACAUGAAUGCUGUUUUUUAUAACGCAAGACACACUUUCUUGGAAAUUUGGGAGAACAGGGAGCAGUUAAUUUAAUUGUCAUGGUUAGCCAACUAUCCCACGCCAGUUGAUUAAUUAUUUGUGCUUGUUUGUAAUGUGGUAUAGUAAAAUACAGUAUAUAGUAAAAUGCAGUCAUGUUCAUACUCCAAUUAGCCCCAGUCAACAUGAUCAGUUGUCAGGAAGAAUGGGAGUUGUGGCCCUCCAGAUGUUGUUUGACUACAGACCUCUCAUUCCUGCCUCAGAACAAGUUUGAAGGAAGGUAUUCACGCAAUGUAUCUUUUCCCUCUCCUCUGGCUGCAGGAAUAGAACGUGAAUCAGAAGAGGAGAAAUCCUUUGGUGAUUUUGUGAUUGGAGGAAUGGACUCGCCAUACUGGACACUAAACUUCACCUAUGAACCGGAAGACUUUGACAAACUGCUAGAAUUGAGUCGCUAUAAUGUAGUGAAUAACAAGGAAGCUGUUUUUAAAGCAUUAAGUAUGGCUUUAAGCAGACGAAAGAAGAAAAGAGGAUUAGGGUUUCUUUGAAAACUGGGAAGUGAAUGGAUUGCAGUGCUUUUAUGAAAGAUCCCAGUAGAAAUAAAUGAAUCUUUGCAGGGUCCUUUUUAUGUGAAUGGAUGUUGCACUGCGAAAUUCUCUUCUGAUUGCACUGGAAACUUAAGUUUACAUACAAAGAAAGCUGUUCUUUCCUUUUUCUGUUCAGUGGAUAAAACUUGGCAGUAGGUUUCCAGUGCUACAGGUCCAAUAUUUAAGAAGUCCAUUUCUGAAUGUCCACUGGGGUAUAUAUUUCAUCUGAUAUCGGGGUGGGGAAAUCUGAGAACUGUUUUAUAUUUAUUUUUAUUGUAAUCAUAUUGUAAAUAGUCUUAAUCAAAGAAUAUGAAAUUAAUGUUACAUGUUCUGCUGGGUAAAGGGAUGCAAUUACUACACUUUGAAAGAAUACCUUUGAAGAAGAAACACUGAUACCGUCAAAUUUAACCCUCAUCUUGAGUGACUGGCAUUCUACAUCAGUGCACAAAGAAUGUUAUUUAUUUUAAGAAAUCACUGUGUGUUUGAAUAAUGAGGACAGGAGUCUUCAUAUCAUGGAAAUUCACAAGAAAGUGAAUUUUUUUUUUUUACAAAACUUUUGUUAAUCUUUAUUUUGGUAAUGAAGCACAACAGUACUUUUAUAAAUAAAAAUAUUUUUCUAGUCUCCCUGUCAUUCUGAGCAUUUGAUACAUGUGCAUUGAUUGAUUGAUUGAUUGAAUUUAUAUACCUGGGCGUAUAGGGUCCACUGGGCUAACGUACUGCUGGACUUCAGUUGCUUAAUAAUACAGUGGUACCUCGGGUUAAGUACGUAAUUUGUUCUGGAGGUCUGUUCUUAACCUGAAACUGUUCUUAACCUGAAGCACCACUUUAGCUAAUAGGGCCUCCUGCCCCUGCGCCGGAGCACAAUUUCUGUUCUCAUCCUGAAGCAAAGUUCUUAACCCGAGGUACUAUUUCUGGGUUAGCGGAGUCUGUAACCUGAAGCGUAUGUAACCUGAAGAGUAUGUAACCCAAGGUACCACUGUAGUAGAAGUAGUAGCAGUAGUAAUAAUAAUAAUAAUAGUAAUUUAUUAUUUAUACCCAGCCACUAUAUGACCUUGUGUCAUAUAUUCAUUAACAAAGUCCUUCUCCAUGAAAAUAAGCAAUGUUUCACCUUUGACAUUUGAACUAUGACAGAAUACAACCUUUGGUAAAAGUUCUUGUAGAAUUUACUGCCCAGUGUCUCUAGGAUUUAGUUAACAAGAUCUGGAUCAUCCCAAUACCAGUAGCCGCUAAGAGAUGUUGUACUUUGAGGUCUAAGCCAAGGUGACUACGAAAUAUUUUGUUGUUGUUAUUGAUUUAGAUUAUGAUUGAAAUAUGAAAUGUUAAAGUGAAAUGCUUCACGACAGUGGCAUGUACCCAAAGACUUUUGUGUGACUGGAAAGCACUUCUGCUCACACAAGGCAGAGAGCUGGUUGAAUACUGCAGUUUAUUGACAUUUUGGUGCCUGGAUGAGAAUGCUAAGUCCUUAACAUGGUAAACCAAAAGAGUUUCUUUUUUAAUGAAAUAUAGUUAGUAGUCAUGACAGCCCGUGAACUGAUCUUGAACUGCGCAACAGAGACGUUGCUUAAGUGUCCCGUAUCAAAAGCUGCUUUUGCACUUCUUAGUGGUCUAAUAAGGCAAACAACUUCAAGCCUUUAAAAUUGCUUAUAUUAAGCUUGUGCAGCGGCUUGUUUAUGCAGGUUUGGCUCUUUAAGGUCCUCGUCAUAAGAAGUGUAUAUUUUUCAAUCUGUGAACCUUUCAACCAGUUCCAUUUUUAAAAAAUGCAUGAACAUUGAAAAGGAACAUCCAAUGCACAAAUAAUUUAAAUGUCACACCAAACAGGAAAUUCAUAACUGAGGAUAGUUCUCCACCCAUUUUUACACCUAUAGUUAAUCAUUUCUGCAGCAAAAUGAUGGGUGGGAUAAUUUGAGAUAGGUGAUACUGAAUAAAAAUAAUUUGGAAAAGGAGAGAUACUUGCCGUAGCAGAAGAGUAGAAUGAAAACACAGGCGGAGAGUUCUUAGCAGAAAGACCAUGCACUGUAAAUUCACUUUUAUACACAGCAUGAGGACCACUGAGGAUAUGUGGUGGGAAGUCAGCAAUCCUGUUAAGGUUCUUACUGCAGUUUGGAACACAGAGAAGAGGAGGGCUAUUGACAACAGUUGUGCCUGACUGGGCACAGCAGAACUUGGCCAGAGCAAAAGCGACAAAAGGUCUAGUGCAUCCUUCGCUUACUCAAGAAGCUGCCCAGAGGAGCUCUUUUGCAUGGUCAAAGUUUUAAUGAAUCUAGAAAAUUUAAAUAUUGCAUAUGUUUUAAUUAAAAGAUGAAUUGUUGUUGUAUGAGUGGGGCAUUGUUGCUUUUGGUUGUUCUUAGGGUAUUUAUUUUUGUGUUUCUAUGUUGUAAACUGCCCUGUGAUCUUCAGAUGAAGGGCGCCAUAGAAAUUACGGUAAUAAUAAUAAUAGUCAGAUAAAACAGUCUAGAUCAUAUGACCUGGACCAGGUUACUAAAAGUGAUAUAUGGAUUAUGUUCUAGUGACUUCUUGUUAAAAUUAUUUGUAAAACUAUCCAGGAAAACGUGUUUUUUGUACAGCUGAAUGUGAGUAUGAUGCUGUGAUUGACAAUGACGGGGUAGUGCAGUGAUCUAAUAUUACAAUUUUGUAUUGCUAAAUGAAGUGGUUACAUGUAUUUAUAUUGGCGAUGCCAACGCAAUGAAUCAAGAGGAUGAAUGGUUAUCCUAAGGCUUUUCUCAUGGCUGUUUAAAAAUAAGCAAAUAAGCAAAAGAUUUUUAAAAUCAUCAUCAUCAUCGCUAUGUUUAUUUCCUGUAUCAACAAGUAGACAUUAAGCAAACCUUUAGCGCACAUUGGGUUUUGAAAUGGACCUUGCUUCACAUGCCAAUUAUAACUGUGAGAGAAACAACCUGAAAUGUUAAGGUCAAAGUAUGACACCUCCUUUGUGAGGAAUUUUGCUUAGCCUACACCCAGGCACCCAUGGGCUGGGAGCUUGUGACAUCUCUCAGUCGCUGACAACACCAAUUCGUAGAAUCAGCCACCAGUGUCAGGGACAGUAAUUGGGGCACCAUUUGUCCUUGCCAUUCUGCAGAUCGGAUGUAUAAUGAUACCUAUGUGGUUUGGUAUAGUGAGGAAACAGCCUCAUAGUGGGGUAUUCUGUUAGGUCACCUGCAAGUAGGCAAUGCCCUAAUGCAGGGGUAGGCAACCCAAGCCCCGUGGCCCGGAUGCGGCCCAAUUGCUUUCUCAAUCCGGCCCAUGGACGGUCUGGGAAUCAGCAUGUUUUUACAUGAGUGGAAUGUGUCCUUUUAUUUAAAAUGCAUUUCUGGGUUAUUUGUGGGGCAUAGGAAUUUGUUCAUAUUUUUUUUCAAAAUAUAGUCCAGCCCACCACAUGGUCUGAGGGGCGGUGGACCGGCCCACGGCUGAAAAAGUUUGCUGACCCCUCCCUCAUGUAUGCAACAGCAACCAGAUUCGAUGUUUGUAUACAAAUAUAUGCAAUAUUUCUAAGGCUUUUUGAGCAGAGGUGGCUUGUUCUUCAAAUGAAAAGCUAUUUAGUGUGAUAAAACUAUAUUUGCGUCUACUUAACAGCUGCAGAAGUUGGUUACUAUCUUGUAUUAUAAGCCCUUAUGCAUCUAAACCUGCACUUUCCUGCCUUCCAGAAAGGGAAGAAAACUUUGCAAGCUAUUGUUGCAAUUGUACACGCAGCAGGUAAGAGUUUCCUUUGUGAGACACAUGAACAUAAUGCAUGACCUUUUUUAAAUAAUAAGAAAAUAGCAUGCAUACAUUUUAUAGAACUAGGGAAGCUAAAAUGCCUCAAAUCAUAGUACCAUAGUGAUGGAAGGUACCCCGAGACUCACCUAGCACAGUCAAACCUCGUUUUUUGAACAUCUUGGCUGCCAAAUGUUUUGGAAGCCGAAUGCCGAAAACCCGGAAGUGAAUGCUUCCAUUUUCAAAUGCGCCUCGGAAGGCGAACGGCUUCUGAGGUGCAUUUCUCAAUUUCCCCCAUUGAACUUGCUGACAACUCUGUGAUCCUCGGUUUUUGAACAUUUCGGAAGUCGAACAGGCUUCCAGAAUGGAUUACGUUCGAAAACCAAGGUUCCGCUGUACACAGUAUUCCAAGUGUGGUUGCACCAAAUAUAAGGACAUUCUUAUAUUGGCAGUUUUAUUUUUGGAUUCCUUUCCUAAUGAUCCCUAACUUAGAAUCCACCUUUUUCACAGCUGUUGCAAACUACAUCUUCACUUUCAUUGAACUAUUCCCCACAAUCCAAAUAACUCUUUCCUGGUUGGUCACCACUAGUUCAGCCCUUAUCGGUUUAUAUGUGAAGAUAGGAUUUAUUUGUUUAUCUAAUUAGCCUCUAUGUGCAUCACAUCAUAUCUGCUUACACUGAAUCACAUUUGCCUUUUUACAGCGCAUUUGCCCAGUUUGGAGAGAUCCUCUUGGAGCCCCUUGCAAUCUAUAUUGCCUUUUAGUACUCUGAAUAAUUUUACCACCCUGAACAACAAUAAAGUCCUGGCAGUACUGCAAUCUUCAGUCCCCUGCAGUACAGCUAAUCUGGGUACUGGCUAUUGUACUAGGUAAAAACUGAUGGCUACAUUGCAUGAUUUAACAAUCUAGGCAUGACUUGGUUUAGCAUCUGGAGAAGCUCUGAGGUCACAUUUGGUAAUGGAUACCAGGAAAGGAACUCUGGAAUUUUGUCAGCUAGUGAUGUGCAUAACUCAGUUGGCCACACCAUAAAAAUACAGUGCAAACUUGUUAAAAAUAAUAAUUUUCUAUUUAUAUGUGCACGGAGCACUCUUAAAGUAUUUGUUUUUAAUCACCGAGGGUGUGGUUGUGUUUCUGCUUAUAUUACAAUGAUUUCCAAGUUCUGUCACUUUAAAGGCAGACACAACCAGGACUAGUCCCCUUCAGUCAAGGAACCAGUUCCCUCAAGCACAACCUGACAUUUUUCUCAUCUGACUGCAUGAGGCUUGAGAAUACAGGAUGUCUGAGGAUCCGACUACCAGUUUGCCGGAGGUAAAUUUAAUAGUACGCUAUUCAAUAUAUAUAUAUAUAUUUGAUGCAAAGUAUCACCUGGAAGGGGAGGGGGCAAAUGGAGGAACACAUUUUGGGCUGGGGUGUGUGUGUGUGUGUGUGUGUGUACACAUGCACUACAGGGUCAGGACACUUGAGGGCAUUCCAGUAAGAUUAACAUGUGAGGGGUGGAAUCUGUACACAUAUGAAAAACGCUGUGAAAAUGCUUUUUUUAAAAAAAUGAUGAAAAUACAUUGAAUUUUACAUAGCUCACUGUUGCCAUCUAGUGUCACAUAUGCAGUGCUUUUUUCUGGGGGUAUGCAGGGGUACGUAUACCCCUAAACAUUUUGUGAAUCUUUGUACUUUUAUCCAUUUACUGUAUUUAUUUUUCCUGAUUUGUACUAUAAAAUGGUGAUUUUCUUGAGUCAAAAUGAGAGUACCCCUAAACAUUUUUUAAAGAAGAAAAGCACUGCACAUUUGUAUACUGCAUUUUACAAUUUGCAACUGUGUAGCUGGGUACAAGGUCUUGAGCUUAAGUAGGUAAAGCAUUGUAUGAGAUUCUAUGAGAUUGUAACUCAUAGAAGGGCUCUUUUAAAUAUCACCUCCUCAUCUGUUUUGAACCUUACCUUCAAAUUACUGUUCAUGUUCUGGGUUAAAGUACCUCUCAGAUAUGCUCCUGUCUUAUCAUGCUACAAUUCUGAGAUUAUCUAUUCUGUUUCCUUUUGCUGGUACGUGUGCGUAGUUAAAUUCAGUUUUGUGACUUCAUCAAAUCAUACAUUUGCUUUGCAGAUCCAAACCUUCCCCACUUCUCAGCUCACUGUGAAAAUCUUGCAAGCUAGAAAUAUCACUGCAGCCGACCCACGUAAGUACCAUAUUUCCUUCACAUUUUUGGUUGCCUCUCUUCCAUGAAAUUAAAAGGACUGGUAACCAGAAAAACAAAACAUGAAACAUUUUCAACAGAUGGUGAGAGUGGAAAUCUAAAUUCAGGUUUUAACUAGGGAUCAAAAAUGUUUGGCAAACCUGAAAUGCUUUGGCAGGUUUUUGAAGGAACCACAGUCCUACCCUUUUAUAUGUAUAAAGACUCUUUGGACUGAGAACAAACUUGGUGGGAUACAUAGGUUUGCUUCUGACUCAGUCCUACUCCUCCUGAGGACUCAGUUGUUGUUGUUUAGUCGUUUAGUCGUGUCCGACUCUUCGUGACCCCAUGGACCAGAGCACGCCAGGCACUUCUGUCUUCCACUGCCUCCCGCAGUUUGGUCAGACUCAUGUUUGUAGCUUCGAAGACACUAUCCAACCAUCUCGUCCUCUGUCGUCCCCUUCUCCUUGUGCCCUCCAUCUUUCCCAACAUCAGGGUCUUUUCCAGGGAGUCUUCUCUUCUCAUGAGGUGGCCAAAGUAUUGGAGCCUCAGCUUCACGAUCUGUCCUUCCAGUGAGCACUCAGGGCUGAUUUCCUUCAGAAUGGAUAGGUUUGAUCUUCUUGCAGUCCAUGGGACUCUCAAGAGUCUCCUCCAGCACCAUAAUUCAAAAGCAUCAAUUCUUCGGCGAUCAGCCUUCUUUAUGGUCCAGCUCUCACUUCCAUACAUCACUACUGGGAAAACCAUAGCUUUUACUAUACGGACCUUUGUUGGCAAGGUGAUGUCUCUACUUUUAAGAUGCUGUCUAGGUUGGUCAUUGCUUUCCUCCCAAGAAGCAGGCGUCUCUUAAUUUCGUGGCUGCUGUCACCAUCUGCAGUGAUCAUGGAGCCCAAGAAAGUAAAAUCUCUCACUGCCUCCAUUUCUUCUCCUUCUAUUUGCCAGGAGGUGAUGGGACCAGUGGCCAUGAUCUUCGUUUUUGGUGAUGAGCUUCAGACCAUAUUUUGCGCUCUCCUCUUUCACCCUCAAUAAAAGGUUCUUUAAUUCCUCCUCACUUUCUGCCAUCAAGGUUGUGUCAUCUGCAUAUCUGAGGUUGUUGAUAUUUCUUCCAGCAAUCUUAAUUCCGGCUAGGGAUUCAUCCAGCCCAGCCUUUCGCAUGAUGAAUUCUGCAUAUAAGUUAAAUAACCAGGAGACAAUAUACAGCCUUGUCGUACUCCUUUCCCAAUUUUGAACCAAUCAGUUGUUCCAUAUCCAGUUCUAACUGUAGCUUCUUGUCCCACAUAGAGAUUUCUCAGGAGACAGAUGAGGUGAUCAGGCACUCCCAUUUCUUUAAGAACUUGCCAUAGUUUGCUGUGGUCGACACAGUCAAAGGCUUUUGCAUAGUCAAUGAAGCAGAAGUAGAUGUCUUUCUGGAACUCUCUAGCUUUCUCCAUAAUCCAGCGCAUGUUUGCAAUUUGGUCUCUGGUUCCUCUGCCUCUUCUAAAUCCAGCUUGCACUUCUGGGAGUUCUCGGUCCACAUACUGCUUGAGCCUUCCUUGUAGAAUUUUAAGCAUAACCUUGCUAGCGUGUGAAAUGAGUGCAAUUGUGCGGUAGUUGGAGCAUUCUUUAGCACUGCCCUUCUUUGGGAUUGGGAUGUAGACUGAUCUUCUCCAAUCCUCUGGCCACUGCUGAGUUUUCCAAACUUGCUGGCAUAUUGAGUGUAGCACCUUAACAGCAUCAUCUUUUAAAAUUUUAAAUAGUUCAGCUGGAAUACCAUCACUUCCACUGGCCUUGUUAUUUGCAGUGCUUUCUAAGGCCCAUUUGACUUCACUCUCCAGGAUGUCUGGCUCAAGGUCAGCAACCCCACUACCUGGGGUGUACGAGACAUCCAUAUCUUUCUGGUAUAAUUCCUCUGUGUAUUCUUGCCACCUCUUCUUGAUGUCUUCUGCUUCUGUUAGGUCCUUACCACUUUUGUCCUUUAUUAUGGCAAUCUUUGAACGAAAUGUUCCUUUCAUAUCUCCAAUUUUCUUGAACAGAUCUCUGGUUCUUCCCAUUCUGUUGUUUUCCUCUGUUUCUUUGCAUUGCUCGUUUAAGAAGGCCUUCUUAUCUCUCCUUGCUAUUUUUUGGACAUCUGCAUUCAAUUUCCUGUAUCUUUCUCUAUCUACCUCGCAUUUUGCUUGCCUUCUCUCCCCCGCUAUUUGUAAGGCCUCAUUGGACAGCCACUUUGCUUUCUUGCAUUUCCUUUUCAUUGGGAUGGUUUUCGUUGCUGCCUCCUGUAUAAUGUUGCGAGCCUCCAUCCAUAGUUCUUCAGGCACUCUGUCCAGCAAAUCUAAAUCCUUAAACCUGUUCCUCACUUCCACUGUGUAUUCAUAAGGGAUUUGAUUUAGAUUGUAUCUUACCGGCCCAGUGGUUUUUCCUACUUUCUUCAGUUUAAGCUUGAAUUUUGCUAUAAGAAGCUGAUGAUCUGAGCCACAGUCAGCUCCAGGUCUUGUUUUUGCUGACUGUAUUGAGCUUCUCCAUCUUUGGCUGCAGAGAAUAUAAUCAAUCUGAUUUCGAUGCUGCCCAUCUGGUGAUGUCCACGUGUAGAGUCGUCUCUUGUGUUGUUGGAAAAGCGUGUUUGUGAUGACCAGCUUGUUCUCUUGACAGAACUCUAUUAGCCUUUGCCCUGCUUCAUUUUGCUCUCCAAGGCCAAACUUGCCAGUUGUUCCUUUUAUCUCUUGAUUCCCUACUUUAGCAUUCCAAUCCCCUAUAAUGAGAAGAACAUCCUUCUUUGGUGUCACUUCUAUAAGGUGUUGUAAGUCUUCAUAGAAUUGGUCAAUUUCAGUUUCUUCAGCACCAGUAGUUGGUGCAUAAACUUGGAUUACUGUUAUGUUAAAAGGUCUGCCUUGGAUUCGUAUCGAGAUCAUUCUAUCAUUUUUGAGAUUGCAUCCCAGUACUGCUUUCGCCACUCUUUUGUUGACUAUGAGGGCCACUCCAUUUCUUUUGCGGGUUUCUUGCCCACAGUAGUAGAUAUGAUGGUCAUCCGAACUGAAUUCGCCCAUUCCCAUCCAUUUUAGUUCACUGAUGCCCAGGAUGUCAAUAUUUAUUCUUGCCAUCUCAUUUUUGACCACAUCCAACUUACCCAGGUUCAUGGUUCUUACAUUCCAGGUUCCUAUGCAAUAUUUUCUUUACAGCAUUGGACUUUCCUUUCGCUUCCAGGCAUAUCCGCAACUGAACGUCCUUUCGGCUUUAGCCCAGCCGCUUCAUCAGCUCUGGAUCUACUUGUACUUGUCCUCCGCUCUUCCCCAGUAGCAUGUUGGACGCCUUCCGACCUGAGGGGCUCAUCUUCCAGCGUCAUAACUUUUAUACGCCUGUUGUCUUUGUCCAUGGAGUUUUCUUGGCAGGGAUACUGGAGUGGCUUGCCGGUUCCUCCUCCAGGUGGAUCACGUUUGGUCCAAACUCUCCACUAUGACCUGUUCAUCUUGGGUGCCCUGCUCGGCAUAGUUCAUAGCUUCUCUGAAUUCUUCAAGCCCCUUCGCCACAGCAAGGCAGUGAUCUAUGAAGCGGCAGUGAUCCAUGAAGGGGACUCAGUUACACAGCUGCAAUUCUAACAUUAUAAGUGUGUUAUAAGACUGUGACACCAGACAGCUCUGUAGAGCUCAAUGGCAAAUUGCAUAUAUAUUUUAUUGCAUCUUUAAUAGCAUUUGAAUAGCGUUUUUAAUAUCUGUUUAGAUCCAGCCUCAGAGAAGUCUCACUGAAUUCAAUAAGCAUGAGUCAGUCAUGAGAAUGAUAUCAGUAGGUCUACUCUAAAGUAGAACUUAUCUGGAUACAGCUCACAGUCAUGCCAUCUGAAGCUUAAAAAAUAAUCCCUUUCCAAAUAUUACACAACACAGAGUACCACCUUAUUAGUUUAGGACUCAGAGGUAGCUACGUUUUAGGUAUAAAUAUCAUAUGUAAGUGAAGACUGGUCUACAUGUAAAACUCUACACAGAAGCUGUCCUGGUCAUUGAUGUGAAAAGCAGGAUCACUACACAUUUCAGUGGGGAGGACCCAUAAUUCAGUGGGUAGAGCACACGUUUUCUAUGCAAAAGGUUCCAGGUUCAAUCCCUGGAAAUUUCCAGUUAAAAUAAGAAUCAGGUAGCACAGGUUUCCUCAGCCUUGGCACUCCAGAUGUUUUUGGCCUACGACUCCCAUGAUCCCUAGCCAGCAGGACCAGUGGUCAGGGAUGAUGGGAAUUGUAGUCUCAAAACAUCUGGAGGGCCGAGGUUGAGGAAGCCUGAGGUAGCAGGUAAUGGGAAAGACUCCUGCUUGUUUGAAAAGCUGCUGCCAGUCAGAGUAGAUAAUAUUAGGCUAGGUGGAGAGAUAGGUUGACCCUUGGUAUAAGACAGUCUUCUAUGUACUGCCAUGUAGAUUAAAUAUGUAAAGCAGCCCUUUAUAUGUGAUUAGUAAAAUACCGAGGGUGGUAGUCAACUAAGUGUUACUCAGAGUAGACCCACUGAAAUUAACCAACAUGACUCAAUUAUGACAACUGAUUUCAGUGGGUCUACUCUGAGUAACACUUAGUUGACUAACACCCCUACUGUUUUGAUAAGCUCGGUAUGUGUAGUUGGUAUGGAGAGGUUUGCAGACAGCUCAGAGAUGUGUUGUUUACCUCCAUCCUUCUGUGCUAGAUGUCUGUCAUGUCGUGUCAGGCCAGUCAGUGGGUGUGGAUGAUGGACAAUUUCUCCCUCCCUUUGUUAAAAGGUGUCAUCUAGUGCAGGGCUUUACUUUCCCUCACAGAAGCGAAUUAUUAAGCGCGUUCAUUUAUAUGGUAGAAAAAUAAAGGAGUGUACCUGGCGCUAAACUGGCUCCUUAUCCCUGCAGAUUCUAGCUCCAAAGCUACCUAAUUUCUUUAUCUGAAAGGUGCCAAACUUAAUACAAUAGAGUCACAAAGGUUAUCAGCGUUGUGAUUUUAGUGCUUGGCUUUAGAUUCUUACUAAGCAAGUUUUUCUCCCUGCUUUAGUGAGUGGAGCUGACUGCUAUGUAACUCUAUGGCUGCCAACAGCUUCGCAGGAGGAAGCAAGGACUCAAACAGUCCUGAAUUCAAGUGCACCUGUGUGGAACGAAACCUUCUAUUUUACAGUACAGAAUCAAGUGAAGGUAAGGAAAAGGAGUUUAUGGCAUUAGUCUCAGAGAAUCUGCAUUCUAGAAUUUCUCUAGUAGCUUAAGAUGGGCAAGUUUUUGUUCAGAUAGAUUUGAGGUCCUAACGUUUAUCACAAGCACAUACAAUUUUUUUAAGGCGCUUCCUUAAUUUUCAGAACAUCCUGGAACUGAAGAUUUACGAUGAAGACCUGCUCACCACAGAUGACCUUCUCUUUACUGUCCUUUUUGAUGUAGCUGAAGUCAGCCCUGGAGAGAGAUUCCACACAACCUUCAUACUGAAUUCAGAGGUACAGAACGAAAUACCUUGCUCAUAUCUUUGCUUUACACUUCAGUGGAGGAGAAAUAUUUAUGUGUGUCUCGUGAACAUUUUGAUUAUGUAAAUAUAUUAUCUGACAUCAUAUGCCAUGUUUGAAGAAGCCCUGAAUGAUGCUUACCUGACUUCCUGAGCUAAGUCACUGCUGCUUAUCAGGAGGGGCAAGGUGGCAAGGAGAGUAGCGUGGUGCAAAUGCUCUGGCAAGAGCACCGGUUUGGUUCUGUCAGUGUGUUCGCACUGCGCUGCACUCCGUCUCCUGGUAAGAGCAGGCACUCAGUUGCUGAGAGGUCAGGUAAGCAUCUCUAGCCCACCUGUAACUGGCAAACGUACUUGCUUUGUGUGGAUCCUUUAUUUAACUGAAGUGACACUGUUCACACAUAAGAGGGAGAGGUGUCAGCAAGCAGGAGGUUUGUAGAAGUACCCCCCAAAAUCCCCCUUUAAGUGGGGUUUGGCUAAUGAGGAUUGAGGAUGCCUGGUGAGCAUGGGAUGCUUGCUGAACGUUGGAGGGGCAGGCUGUGGGAACGAUGGACAACAGGGAUAUAAAAUGCAUACAAUUAUGCACAGUGUAGAAAAGGUGAAUAGGGACAUUCUCCCUCACCCCACUAGAACCGGGAAUCAGCCAAUGAAACCGAAUGGAGGACAAACAGAAGGAACUGGAUCUUCACACAGUUGAGCUGUGGAAUCACUAGCCUAAGGCGUAGUGAUGGCUGCCAAUUUAGAAAACUUUUAAAGGAGGUGUGAGUCUGGCACUGAGAGGAAUUGUAAUUCAGCAAAACCUGUAGGGCCAAAAAGAAGAAGACAAAUUCAUGUAGCACAGGCAUGUACAGCAUGUCGAUCGUGAGCCCCCAGUCGAUCGCAGGCCCUUUCUCUGCAACCUCAGAUGAUGCUGCUGCUGCUGCUGCAGCAGCAGCAGCAGCAGCCCUUGCCGCUGCCGGUCUCCACAGCGAUGCAAGCCUGAGCAGAGACGUGAGGGAGCUGGGGAGAGUGUUGUUGGAAGAGUGGGGGCGGGCUUAGCAUGGCUUUCCCCAUUGGGAAAAGGGAAGGUUGCCGGAGAUGGAGGGAGGCGCGAGGAGGAACCGCGUGGGAAGGCUCCCUUUGGCAGGAAGGGAAGGAGGGAGGGAUCAGGAUCAGUUGCACGCCCCCCUUUGACUGGGGGGAGGAGGAGGGAGGGAGGGCAGAUACUAUCGGGGUCCACAUCAGCUGCGUGGCUCCCUUUGACAGUGGAGGGAGAGAGAGAGAUCCCGCUCUGGUUUGCGGGUGGGCGGGAGGAGAAGCGUUGUCCAGGACAGCUCCGCAGUGCCAUAGCUGCCAGCUUUUCCCUUCUUUAAAAGGGAAAUUCCCUUAUUCCGAAUAGGAUUCCUCGCAAGAAGUCCUCCGCCCAGCUGGUUUGAGGGGAGAGAGAGAGAGAGAUGCUUGGGGGGCGGGGGAGAAAGAGCUGGCUUGGGGGAGAAAGAGCUGGCUUGGGGGGGAAAGAGCUGCUUUGGGGGGGAGAGAAAGGGCUGGCUUGGGGGGGGGAGAGCUGGGCAGCCGCCCAGUGGCGUAGCGUGGGGGGUGCAGGGGGGCCGGCCGCACCGGGCGCAACAUCUGGGGGGGGCGCUCGCACUCGCAGCUCUCUGCCCCUACCUGGCUCACUCACUCUCUCUCACUGCAGUGCUGGCUGUGCGAUCCGAUCCGAGCCGCUGGGUCGCCGCCCACUGUGGAGGGGGUGGGUGCCAGGCGUGCGGAGAGAGAGCGAGGGACUAUCUGGGGGAGGGACAGUGCAGCGGCCGCCCAGCGCAGCGCUGAGCGCGGGAGAGAACCACACCAGACCAGCCCAGUCAGCAGCAAGAAGAAGCUGGCAGCGGCGGCAGGUUAGGGGUUAGGGGGCGCAAAUUACUUGCCUUGCCCCAGGUGCUGACAACCCACGCUACGCCGCUGCAGCCGCCCACCCUGCACCCACCCCUGCGCCAUGGGGGAAGCAGCCAGCACCUGCCCGCCCACCCUACACCUAUCCCUGGGUGGUAGAUCACUGCCAGUUUUUGAUAUUGGAUUGUAGAUCACAAGCUACUUGAAGUUGGACAUGCGUGUUGUAGGUUAAGGCAAUCCGCAGCUGUUAUCUGCUGAUUAUCAGAAUAAGGACUGAAUGGAGGAACAGGUGGGACUUUGGGUUGUUCCAGCAGGACUCUUCUUAUAGUUUUAUGGCUGAAAUCCUGCAAUGUUCUGCUUCACUUGCCAUCCAUAUUCAGUUAAUAUGAAAAGCAUCUCUUUACUUUUUUUUGUUUUUAAGCAGAUUUUUUUUAUUAUGCUGCUGAUCCCAGCCAUUUUUUUCUUUCCAGAGUAAGGAAGAACUGGAUGUAGAGUUCAUAAUGAAGGAAAAGUAUGUAGUAAUAAUAGGGAAGUAUUCUGGAUUCAUUAUAAAAUGUGGUUUCAGGGUUGUUGUUUUUAAAAAAAUAUGGGUUUAAGUUAGUGCAUUUAUAGAUGUCUUUGUUUAUAACAAGCUGUGAAUUUAAUGAGCAGGAGUCAUCAAGAUAGCACAACUAAUUACAUAUGCUGUCACUUUGAGCAUUCAGGGUGCUGAAAGCUUCCAGAUGAUAGACUUUAGCUUGUCUAGGCAUGAAUUUAAUUGUGCAUAAUAAAUCGAACAAUUGAUGUGGUUGCUUCUUCUGUUUUUCAGUUAAUUACCUUUCACCAAAAGUUCUAGUCUUCCUGAAGUAAGCAUGCUCUUCUUAAUUUAAUUAAAUAAAGCCUGCUUUAUGCCUUUCCUCCAUUCUGGGAGCAUGCCGUAUGAAAUGUGAUGCAGGGUGUUUGCUGAUCCAUAAUGUGGAAUUCAAACCAUUACAGGUAGAUUUCAGGGGCUGUUUCACACUUGCCAUUUUUUCUACUGGAGAGAUAAGGUUGUUCUCUAUAAUUCAAGUAGUAUACAUAGUAAAAGCAAAGUAUUUUCUUUCAUAUCAUAUAAAAAACAAACUGCAUUGCUAUUGCUUUAAAUGUUGUACAUUCAAACUGUUGGGGAAGUAUCAUCUAACAAAGAAAAAGAUCUCUAUGUUAUGGGGAAAGAAAGACUAGCAGGCAUGUUGAAGUAGAGACUGAAGUGCCUUUCCCUCAGGAGAUAGCUGAUCCUUUAUUGAACUCCACCUCUCUUUCCUGUUCCUAGGCAUGUCCAAAGUCCAUUUCGGGGGCCUAAUCCAGCCCACCAGUUGGUUUAAUCCAGCCCCUGUGGCAGUUUGUUUCCGGGGGGGGGGGGAAUCCUAAAAAAAGCCUCAACAACUUCAAUCUGAAAAAAAGUUCAACAACUUCAACCCGAAAAAAAGGUUAACAACUUUGGCCGGCCCUUUGGUCAGCCCUCACGGCCUUUCACUUCAUCAAAUUUGGCCCUCUUUGAAAAAAGUUUGGACACCACUGUAACCCCUGAAGAACCCAUAAUGUAUCACACCACAAUUUACCUUUGGAAAGGAAUGUGGGAGUGUUCCUAAAUACUAUCAAUUUUUAUAAAGUAAUAGUUCCAAUGGAAGGAUUUUUGGAACUUUUUCGUAAAAGCAUAUAGUGAGUGAUUAUUAAAACAUGUAGGCUUGGAUCCAGGGAUCAUAGAAUCAGGGUUGUCUUGCACAAGUAGAAAAGCAAAGUAAAAUUAGAUUAUAUCCAGCAAAGGACAGCGAUACACACAGAACAAACUAAUGUGUACAUCUGUAGCAGGCCCAAUUUGAUUACCAUUAAGCACUUUUAAGUGAGCGCUAAAAUGAAUCACAUAGAUAUUCUCUCCCAACUGAAGCUGAAGAACUUCAGGUUGCAGUCUCCUGAACAUGCUUACUGAAAGUUAAGGUGUAUUGGCUUGCUCUGAGCAAGUGCUUUAGUUGGUGUUUAGAGUUUGUUGUUGUCUAGCCUGGAUGUGAGUGAGGGUGGGAUUCCUUUUGCAUGCCCUCCAACAUUUUUCAGUUGAAAAUAGGGAUGCCCAGUGCCAUUUCCCAAGAAAAAGAGGUGCCAGAACUCACCAUGAACGCCUCCCCGUUCUCUUAUAAUGGCAAUGGUACCCACCUGAAAGGUGCUGGAAAUGAGUUCCGGUGAGUUCCUGUUGAAAGAAAAAGCCCUGGGGAUGUCCUAUUCCAUACCCUCCAAAACUUUUUCGAUGGAAUGGGGAUGUCCUACUAUACUCUCCAACAUUUCUCCGAUGAAAAUUGGGACAUCCUAAGGAAAAGUGGGACGUUCUGGGAUCAAAUCAGAAACCAGGAUGGCUUCUGUAAACCCAGGACUGUCGCUGGAAAAUAGGGACACUUGGAGGGUCUGCUUUUCUUUAUUGCCUGUGGCUCACACUCCUGCCUGUAAUCCUGCUUUGCCAGGCCUCAGUUCACUAAAUUUGUAAGGCAAGAUUGGUUGCUAAGAUGGAUGUAUUCAGUGCAAUUAUUUUUAAAACUUGCAUUUCCCCCCCUUCUAGUUUGGAUCGUCUUGAGAAUCUCCUCACAAACAACAUCAUAGUGGUAAUCUUAAUCCUUUAGAUUUUGUGCAUCCUUUCAUUGUUUCUGGAAUGUAGUUUUAGGUGAAUUAUAAUUUAAUAUACACAAAAGGAACUAAAGGCUGUGGGGUGGAGGACUAUGGGAGACGAAUGUUAAAGAACUGCCUUUAGAGGCAGCUCUUCAUCAGUGCUUGACCAUUUCAAUAAAUUUGAAGCUUCAUUACUUGGAUUAUUGUUCAUUUUUCACAGGCCCGUCCAGUUUCUUGUUUGAAUGUUUGUGUUUCCAAGGAGAAAAGUGCAAAGUAUUUCAAAGGUAAUUCCAGGUAGAGAUCCUACCCCACCUCAGCAACAAUUAACUUUCUCUUUUCUGGGAAUCAAGAAAAUUGAUGCAGAUAUAAAUAUUUUUCUUUAUUUUGCUGCUGCUGCUGCUGCUGUUUUGUUAAGCAACUGCUUUUGAUUCUGCUCCAUAUUGGAUAAUAAGAUCAGGAUGAAAGCAUACAAACUGCUUAAAUGUUCUUCAUGUUGCAAUGUCAAGUUGCAGGAGAAAAUAAGGUGGCGUAUUAUGGAUGAUUACUUGCAAAGUCCAGAAUGGACUGAAGGAUACUGAGAUUGUUAACACUCCUUUAUAGCAUAUCUAGCCUGUUGAUUAACUAGCCCUUGGCAAAAUUUGAAGUUACCACUAGUAUUUAAAUUAGAAACAAAUGCCAACAAGUUAUUAAAUAUAUAACUGCUGUUUGGAAAAGCAAUCAUUUUACUGGUGCAAAUAUUUUGGGUGGUGUUUCCUUCUAGCUGUUAAGCAACUAUUAGGUGCUGGAUUUUUUUUUUGGGGGGGGGGACAUUCCUAUUAAAUCCAGAUAGUAUAGUGGUAUCUUGGUUCUCAAACUUAAUCCGUUCUGGAAGUCUGUUCCAAAACCAAAGCGUUCCAAAAUCAAGGCAUGCUUUUUCAUGGAAAGUAAUGCAAAACGGAUUAAUCCGUUCCAGACUUUUAAAAACAUCCCCUAAAACAGCAAUUUAACAUGAAUUUUACUAUCUAACGAGACCACUGAUCCAUAAAACGAAUGCAAGAAUCAAUAUACGGUACUGUACUAUAAAAUAAAUAAGACAGCAUUGUAGAUGAUAAAAAUAAAAAUUAAAUUUUUUUCUUAUCUGCACUGAUGAUAGUCAUUGUUUGGAUCGGAGGCUAUUAUCCAUUUCCACAGUCACACAAUCAAUCAAUCAAUAGCUGAACUAGGUUCCACACAGUCCCAAAAACAAAUUAACCAAAAAAGCCUCAAAAACAAAAAUGCAAAAACAAAAGUGUCAAACUUAAUCCGUUCCGGAAGUCCGUUUGACUUCCGAAAUGUUCGAAAACCAAGGCUCAGCUUCUGAAUGGUGCAGGCGCCCUGGAAACAAUAGCCGACAGCCAGAUCGGACGAAAAAUGUUUGCAAACCGGAACACUGACUUCCGGGUUUUCGGUGUUUGGGAACCAAGGUACCACUGUAGCUAUAAAGGGCAGUUUGUAGGUAAAAUAUGUUUUUUACACUCAUGUUGAUAUUGUAAUCUGUUUGGGCUUCUCUUUGUAGAAGAAGGUGAUCUUGAACUGAGAAUGAAGGGAUCAUAUGAAGAUACAUGCAAAACUGUUUUGGAAUCUGGAUCGGUAGAAUGCUUUUAUUUCCACUACCCAAUGUAUUGGGAACCACAAUUAAACGCCCACCUGCAGGUGACCAUACUUUCAUUGGAAAUAAUGCAUCACACCUAAAAAUACAAUAGGGAUAGAAUAAUGUACCCCCUCUCAGAGUAUUAUAAAAUACUGACCCAGGAAAUCAUGGUUUUCUGUUUCCAUUAUAAUAAAGUGCCACAGUGAGCCUCAGAUUCCCAUGCACCAAUCACUUCCUUCCUCCUUAGAGCUAGAGGGGAGGAAGUUAAAAGUUUCCAUUUGCAGUGUUGAACAAACUAUAGUUUCCUAUUGUGUCCUCAUAUGGGAAACAGUGGUUGUCUAAAUUAUGGGCAGUUGUACAAAACCAGAAUCUGAAAACACAGUUUAAUUCUGUUUUGUUAUCUCUAACUGUGAUUAGAUCAAACCACUGUUUCCUGUAUUUGAACAUAACGGGAAACUAUAGUAGCGUGAGAUCUUUUCUUUUUCUUUUGUGCUGCGGACCAGUGCAGCUGCUGUUCUGGAAAGCGAGUGAAAGUAACCCCUUUUUUAUUUUAGUGUUCUACAUGCACAUGAUCUGAAUGGGCAAGAAAGGGGAAUAUAUUGGCAGAAAGGAAGGAACUCUGAAAGGAAGAAUGGGGCAUCUUCAGAAGGUGGUAUAAUCUGGAGGGCAUCAUGUUGACUAUCUCUGGUGUAGUCCAAGUUAGCAAAGGAUCAGAUUGAGAGGCAGAGUGUGGGGAACAGUGUUGAGCAGAAGCUUGGUCUGAUGGGAUCUUCUCAUUUCUCAGUAAUAUAGACUGAAAAGCAGGCCCUGGAUCUGAAACUUCAGCUGACUACAUGUUGAAUCAGCUGGUGUGUUUCAAAAUGCUGUUUGGUUGGCACCUCUGUGUAGACAUAAUCCAGACCAUGACGUCUUUGGUAGACAUGCUAUUCUGGUGGUACUGGAGGUCAGGUACCAAGAGCCUGGUUUCCAGGAACCCUGGCCUGAAACACCUCGUUCACCAAUGACCACCGACUUCAGAGUACAUUUAAAUGGGACUUGCUUCCAAGUAGAUAUUUUUAGGAGUGUGCAUUUGCACCCAGACUCUCCCUCGACUACUCCCCCAAACCAAAAACAGCAAAGUGUUAGCUCCGUACUACAGUUGGUAACACUCAUUGUAUUCAUGCUUUCAGUCCAAUGGUUUGCUCAUCUAAUGUAAUAACCUUGAUAAACGUUAAUUAAACUGAUAAUAUACAUAUUGUUUUAGCGUUUCAGUUAACUGAUAAGUUAUAUGCAAAAACUGCAGGGUUCAACCCUAGGAUUCUUUAGACUGUCAUCCUACUCUGAUUGAAAUAUAACAUUAUUUUUUGAAUAAUCAAAAUAAUCUUUAAACAUAGUAUUUUCUGAUUAUUUAACAACAUAACUCUCCCCACCCCCAUCUAGCAUUGCUCAAGUAAUGGGGAGCAAGACAAACAGAAUUCAUCUGCAUCCCUGACUAUGCCUCUGAAAUCACUUUCUGUGGGGCAGGAGGUGAAAGUAAUUCUUACUGCAUCAGAGGUAAGCACUUUACUCUUUGAUAGGUUCCUAAACUUAAGGCAAUUAACUGUCCCAGCUUUUUAUACAAUGGCUGAUUUUGGAAAAGUAGACUUUAAUGAUGCAAACAAUAUCAAGCUAUCUGGAAAGGCUUUCUGAGUGCUUCCACAUAAUUGGAUGUGAUAGCUGAAACAUACCGUACUUUUCCGUGAAUAAGAUGCCCCCAUGUAUAAGACACCCCCUAUUUUGGGGGGCUCAAAUUUAAGAAAAUGGGGGGAGAUGGCACAAAGUUGUUGAGAUUUUUUGGGGGGAGGGGAUGCAGAAAAUUGCUCACCCAUACGGGUUGCAAAAUACACCUCCUGCCUGUCCCAUUGCUGGCAUAAGCUGCCAAUCGCCCACCAGUUGCCGCUGCACCGGCCAUUAAAAACCACCUAUUGACGCAGCAACCAAGAACACGCACAAUAGCCACUGACAGCCGAGGCAGCAACCAAUCAAACGUCCACCCAUGUAUAAGAUGAUGCCCACUUUUUAGCAUUAUUUUUAAGGAUAAAAACCUAGUCUUACACACGGAAAAGUACGGUAAUAAGUUCGUUCCUAAGAGUUGCACAUGAAAGGAGCUGUCCCAGAUUGUGGUGGUGGAUCCUGCCACAUAAAGACUUGAACAACGUGGGACCAGGUUACCUGAAGGACUGCCUGCCAAUGUAUAGAUCUGAACAAUCACUUAGAAUCCAAGUCUUACAUCAUGGGGGUGGGGAUUUUAUUUGUGUCAUCACCAUAUCCAACAGAAUAUUGUAGGGUGGUGAACCUGAAAACGGGCAUUUCCCCCAUUGCUCUUACGUUCUGGAAUGCCUUUCCCUCUACCACAGGGAAAGUUUCUUCAGUUUUUUGCAUCUUGUAAAGAUAUAUCUUUUUGCACAGUUUCCCCUGUUCCAUAAGAUUGGAGCCCAUACCAUGGGCAUUUUUGUAUGGAAUUUUAAGCUUUGUUUCAGUGUUUUAGUAUUGCUCAGCUUUCAAUCCGAUUCACAGAAAGGUCUGAGAUCCAGUAGGGUGAGGGUAGGUAAUUUUUCUCCCUUCGCCAUGUAGCUGCUGCGCUACCUCUUAUGCAAGGGAUAAGGGCUGUAGGAAGGAGGAGGAAUGGAUGAGAAAUUGUCUUCCCUUCUUCCUGUGGCACAAGUGGAACUCUGCUGAUCACAGGCCUGGGUGUAACUCACAACUCACACAACCUCUAUUGUUAUACAUACUUAGGAUAAGCAUGUGUGUAUAUUUAUUUAAACCAAGGAAUAUCACAAGAAACAAAAAUGUUCUGCGGUUCUCAGGCAUUUCAUUUUUAUAAAUGUGCCUAUACUUUAUGAUGCAGAGACGCAGUCACAGAAAAUGCACUGUUUUUCAGAGUUAGAGUGUCAUAGGAUUUGCUUCACUUGGUGACAGAAACACAUAGAAAAACUACCAGGAUUUUAUUUUUUCCAUUUUGUGGCAUAUUCCAGCAAGUAAUUAUUAUGUGAAUAGAAUCUAAGAAUGCUGAGUUCUGUGGAUUAUGCAUGCGACUUAAAAUAUUGUUCCUCAUUAUUCUUCAUUUCAGGAUACUAAUUUGGAAGUUAAAUUGCGUACACAGGCUUGGUAAUGUAUUACUUUUCUGACACCCCCCUCCAAAAAUCUCGAGUAGACUUUUAGGGUAUCCCAGUCUAUUUCUUGUUUUUCUGUAUUUUCCUCUUUGCAACUGUUUGGGUUAGCUAGAGGAGUCCGAUGUCAAUCUCCAGAAGGAUAGGCAUGUUGAUAGUCUGUUGUAAGAAAAACAACAAGUCUUCUGGCACCUUAAAGGCUAACAGUUUUAUUAUGACAUAAACUUUGGUGAUGUACAAUCCACUUCAUCUGAUGUGUCAUGUAUUCUUUAACUGGCAAGCAUAUAUACACAUGGGAUGGGAUGUACAUGGGAUAGAACAUAAGGGUCUGAGAUCAGAGAAGAAAAGUAGAGAGAAUGAUGACUAUUUGAAAGCAAGAUAGCUAUAGUGUCCAGUUAACAUGGCAAUAUUGGGGACAACCCACAUUCUGGCUUUGGUCAGCUAAUUAAUACAUGUGUGAUUUUUUUUUUUUAAAGAAAGGAUUUUUGAUUCAAGCCAUGAAUUGUCUGCCCAAGUGCAAAGUCCUUUAUUCUUUUCUCUCAUCUAGUGUUUUCAAUGGGGUAUGGUUAUGUGUGUGUGUAUACGGGAAAUUCAAACAGUUGCUGUCAGGAGUUUAGGGCUGGAUUUAGACACAUCAAAAAAGCGUUUCAGGAAAACAUGUUGUAAACCUCAAUGUGGGAAAUCACAUUGGCAAAAGAUGGAACUCCACAGCGCCAUCUGGUGUCACAGUGUUAUAAUGCAUAUAAAACGCUUUUUCUUAACUAAUGUAGCUGGGUCCAAAGUAAUGACAGUAAUUCUCUCUGUUGCAGUCAUUUUAUAUUCACCUUAAGUAUUUGUGAUGGGGGAGAAAUUCAGUUUGGUUUGGAUUUGAAUGCCUAAUAAUAGUUUAGGUUGGACUUUGCCAGUCUGGUGCCCUCGCAGUUGACUUGCAACCUGCAUGGGGGUUACUGAAGAUGCACAGAACCGAAAUCACGUAUUCUUGGAACACCCCAAUGCGAUCAUCCUUACCUUUUGGAGCCAGCAUGCCAAACAGGUCUUGUGCCCCAAGCAAGGCAGAGAGCUUUGAAGGCUCUAUGAGGCUCUUGUGACAGCCUCCCCAAUCCCAAAGCAGAGACCUUAAAAGCUAUUUUUGUCCUGUGGAACCCUGUGCCAAAAGAACCUUUAAGCUCUCUGCUUUCUGUGCAUUUAAUUUGUGCGAUUUCAGCUGGCUGCAUAAAGCUGAAAUUAGACAAGUUUAAAUGAGAGCCCCACAACAUAUGGAGCACCUCAGAUUCCCCACCCCGCUUUAGAGGAACAGGCUAUCUCUAAAUGUGGAAUGUUGAUCCUGUAGUUAGUGGAUGAUAUACUACUGUUUGCUUCCCCUGCCUAUGUCCUUAAUUUUGUUUCAGCUCAGAGCACCUUGAUGUGCGUUUGAGGUUUGACCUAUGCGGAGAGGAAAAGACUUUUCUACAUAAACGGAAGAAAGUGGUUGCAGCUGGUCUGAAAAGUGUCCUCCAGCUAGAAGAGGAUCUGUUGGAUCAUGAGGUAUGCUGGAUCUGGAACUGGAGGAAAAGAAUGCAUAUUUUAAAAGGAAGACAACAAUUUAUAUUUGAUACAUCCCUUUAAAAAAAAAAGAUGCCUUUUGUUUUCUACUGGUGUAAUGUGCAAGUUGUGGGAAGUUGAACUUCAUACUUGGAAUUGUUCUUAGCUCACCUUGUUUUCAAUGUUCUAUUUUACUGAUAUUUUUAAUGUAUUUUAUUUAGUUUACAUAAACCGUUUAGAGGUUUCACAAUUAAGUGGCACAUUUAUUAAAUGAAUAAAAUAAAUGUUUGGGGAGGCAACAGUGUUAGCAAAGCAACUGAUAUUUGGCAUGGUUGGCACAUGCCAGGCAGAGGGCCUUCUUGGUGGUGGCCCCUACCCUGUGGAAUGCCCUCCUAUCAGACGUGAAGGAAAUAAACAACUAUCUUACUUUUUAGAAGACAUUUGAAGGCAGUCCUGUUUAGGGGAGUUUUUUAUGUUUGAUGUUUUAUUGUGUUUUUAUUUUCUGUUGGGAGCUGUCCAAAGUGGCUGGGGAAACCCAGCCAGGCGGGCGGGGUAGAAAUUAUUAUUAUUAUUAUUAUUAACUGCACAACUGCUUAAUGGUGUGCUGCUCUGUGACAGAACGGCUAUUUGUAUCAUUGGCAUUAGCCUUACAGAGAAUAGUUAUCUCCUGCUUGGACUACUGCAAUGCACUCUACGUGGGGCUACCUUUGAAGGUGACUUGGAAACUGCAGUUAAUCCAGAAUGUGGCAGCUAGACUGGUGACUGGGAGUGGCCAUCGAGACCAUAUAACACUGGUCCUGAAAGAUCUUCAUUGGCUCCCAGUACGUUUCUGAGCACAAAUCAAAGUGUUGAUGCUGACCUUUAAAGCCCUAAACGGCCUCGGUCCUGUAUACCUGAAGGAGCGUCUCCACCCCCAUCGUUCAGCCCGGAUGCUGAGGUCCAGCGCCGACGGCCUUCUGGCGGUUCCCUUGCUGUGAGAAGUGAGGUUACAGGGAACCAGGCAGAUGGCCUUCUUGGUAGUGGCACCUGUCCUGUGGAACGCUCUCCCAGCAGAUGUCAAGGCAGUAAACAACUAUUUUACUUUCAAAAGGCAACUGAAGGCGGGCCUGUGUAAUGAAGUUUUUAAUGUCUGACGCUGUAUUGUUUUUAAUAUUCGGUUGGAAGCUGCCCAGAGUGGCUGGGGAAACCCAGCCAGAUGGGUGGGGUAUAAAUAAACAACAACAACAACAAUUGUUGUUGUUGUUGUUGUUGUUGUUGUUGUUAUUAUUAUUAUUAUUAUUAAUUUGUUAUUAUUAUUAUUAAUUUGUUAUUAAUUUGUUAUUAUUAAUUUAUUAUUAUUAUUAUUAUUAUUAUUAUUAUUAUUAUUAUUAUUAUUGUUAUCCUAGCUGAUAUUAUGCCCUUCAAAAAUGCUAAUACUCAUAUUUUAAAUCUGUGAACUACCCAGAGGACAUUGUUAAUUGUGUGCUAAUGUACAGGCCAGAUAUUAAUAUAAAUAUACAUAUGUCUGUGUAUUUUAAACAGGUGCCAGUAGUUGCAGUCAUGGCCACAGGAGGUGGAUGCAGAGCAAUGACGUCUCUUUACGGGCAGCUCUCAGGACUUAAGAAGCUUGGCAUGCUGGACUGCAUAACAUAUAUCAGCGGUACCUCAGGCUCAACUUGGUGAGACUGUCAGCAUGAAACUGGGGGAGGGGAUUGUGGAAUUUUGGAGCUGAAACCAAGGAAAGGUAUUAAGAAGUGCAUAGUAUCUGAACAUUAUUUGUAUACAAUCCGCUUUCCCUGAGCCAAGCCAUACCAGCAAUGAAGUCACAGAGUCAAUUAAGGUUUGGCAGACAGCCAGAAGGCAGUCUGAAGGAGUAAGUCUGCCUGGUGAUAACAGAGACAUGGAGACUGCUCCCUGAUUGGUCAAGCUCUCUCAAAGGAGUGAUAAUUAAUGGCCUACUAACUGUUAGUUCGGUGUUCGUGUUCAGAGUUCUGUGUCAGUGUGGGAGUUGUGAGUUGUGUCAGAGAGAGCUAGCAAAAGAUCCGUGUUAUGUUCCUGUAAAUAGUCCACUGUAUAUAAUAAACACCUAACUACAAGUUCCUGGUUCCUGCUUCGUCUAUCCUGUCUGCAGCCAAUUGCUUCCGUGGAUUCUGCGUGUACUCUGCUAGGUCUGGCUAAGGUCCUGCAACAAGUUGUGAAACACCAAAUAGGUUUUUCCAAUAGGGACAGUCCUGAGACUUAUGGUUGCGCUUCCGACACCAGUGUGCAAGAGUGGAAAACUGAAGCAGGACUCAUCUUGCCUGUCCUUCCAUUUCGUCUGCUUCUGUGUAACAUUUAUACCAGUCUUCAGGAAAGUGUGUAACAUUUAUACCAGUCUUCUUUACGUGUGUGUUCUAUUGUCCAUGCAUUUAUCCUAAUUAUUUUAUUACAACUGUUUCUUUAGGACCAUGUCAAAUUUGUAUGAAGAUUCCAAUUGGUCCCAAAAGGAUCUGGAGAGGCCAAUCCUUGAAGCCAAGAAGCAUAUGGGAAAGAAUAAGAUAAGCACCUUUUCUCUGGAGCAUUUGAUUUAUUAUCAAGAGGAGCUGAGGCAGAGGGCCAAAGAGGGCAUCUCUACUUCUUUUAAUGACCUGUGGGCCGUAGCUCUGGAGAAUAUCUUGCAUGAUGGGGUAUGUAAACAGCUUUAGGCCUCUCCUAAUGAUCAGUGUCCACAUACAGAAAUGAUUAAUGGAGAGCCAAUUAUCUCCCAAAGCCUCUGUUGGUUGUUUCAUCUCUCUGGCAUGCAGUGGUGUUGCAACGGGGGUGGUGGUGGUGGUGGUGGUGGGAGACAGUGCGCCCCAGAUUCCACAUCCGGGCGGGUGACAAGGUGGCACCCCAUGGGGUGCUUGCCCUGCUGCCCUGGCCCAGGUGUGGCGGCAUGAGCAGCCAUCCCGCAGCCGCAUGUGGAGGAUCCUCCGUUCGCAGCUGCAGCCACGAGCAGAGGAUCCCAGCACCGGCGGCAAACCACUAUGUAUAGCACAUGUGCGGCGUCGCACGCAUUUGCUGUACAUAGCGGUUUGCCAGCGCCGCAGCUCCAGCACCAUACAGAUGGCGGUGGGAUCUUUCCAUUGCUGCUACAGCCGUGAACGGAGGAUCCCGGCAUCGUCUGUACAGCGCCAGAGCGGCAGCGCUGGCAAACCGCUAUGUAUAGCACAUGUGCGGCGUCGCUAUGUACAGCGCAUGUGUCAUACGUAGCGACACUGCACAUGUGCCCUACUUAGCAACGCCCCACCCUGGGUGUCACAACGCCUUCGUUUGCCCCUGCUGGCAUGCAUAUAUCCAAUUAAUCAUUCAAUUAAGGCUUUCAGUGAAGAAAAAUAUGAGUGACCUUACAUGUAUCCUUUUGGGUUGUUUGUUGUUGUUGUUGUGUCUGGAUAACAACAAAAAAAUACAUACCAGUACAAUGAGCAGCCUAAAAGCAAUUGAUUUCAAAGCGCAAUAUAAUAAUCCAAAGAAACAAACCUGUUUGAUAAAACUAGCAUUAUAACAUUUUAAAAUUCGUUGCAAAAUAGGCCACAUCAGUAACUAAAAAACCACAUAUCAACCAAUAUUAUUUAUCCAGAACUGAAAGAGGAAAGCACAGAAAGCAUUGAUCUCCUUUAAUCUGAUGAAGUCCUGGUUUUUUGAAAGAGCCAUCAGCAGCCUAGUUUCAUUCUUUGGAAAUUUUGCAGGACCCCCUUUAUUCCAUAUAUUCACUCAUCCAUCUCAUUCAUACAGUUUAUAACUGAUUACAUUAAACUAGUGAUAUUGUAAGGGUAGCAAAAGGGACACGGGUGGCUCUGUGGUGUAAACCACUGAGCCUUGGGCUUGCCGAUCGGAAGGCCGGCUGUUUGAAUCCCCACAACGGGGUGAGCUCCCGUUGCUCUGUCCCAGCUCCUGCCAACCUAGCAGUUCGAAAGCACGUCAAAGUGCAAGUAGAUAAAUAGGUACCACUCCGGCGGGAAGGUAAACACCAUUUCUGGUUUCACCAGAAGUGGCUUAGUCAUGCUGGCCACAUGACCCGGAAAAACUGUCUGCGGACAAACGUCAGCUCCCUCAGCCAGUAAAGCAAGAUGAGUGCUGCAACCUCAGAGUUGUUCGCGACUGGACUUAACUGUCAGGGGUCCUUUACAUUUACCUUUAAGGGUAACUAAAGCGCAAGUAUGAAGCACUUAAGAGUAUAUUCACACAAUUUUCAGAGAUUUGUUUUGCAAAACCUUAUUUGUUGCAGUACGCUCUGCACUCUUCUGAGCUCCAAGUCCUUUGCUUGCUUUCUGUUUUUCCUCCUUACUAGGUGAAUGAUUUUAAACUAUCUGAUCAGCAACAGGCUGUGAACCAAGGGCAGAAUCCCCUACCCCUCUAUUUAGCCCUUAAUGUGAAAGAAAACCAUAUUUCUACUUUUGAUUUCAAAGGUAAUUCUUAUAAAAUUGUAAUUGCAGUACAGAAUGGCAGGUGCAAAUGUCAGCAAUUUUUCUUAGCCUAUUCUCCUGUGUAAGCUUUACUAUGUAGCAAUAAUGUGCCAGAAGGGAAAUUUCAGAACAUCCUUAGGGGUUAUUUGAUCUGUAGGUAAUUUACCUUGCAUAUUAAUUAUACAGGUCUAUAUGACAGUAACUGAAACAGAGAUUAGCAUGUAUGUGCCAGGUUUGGGGCCUUCUCAAGGACACUAAAGGAGCUUAUAGACAGCAGCUUAAUAUUGCUAAUGGGUCCUUGAGAUAUUGCAAAUAGCUUAAUGGCAACAGGUUGUUGUUGUUGUUUUUUAAGUGGCCAUCUCUUCCCCAAGAAGGGAAAAUCCAGAUUAAAUUGCAGGGGUGGGGAAUAUUUGCUGGCAUUUUGAUGCCAACACUAUUAUGUAGAUGCUACAAAAAAACCAGCCUGGAAGCAUCCAAAGUGUGAGUAAGUAUGUGUGCAGAACUGGAGAUUCCUUGUAGGUUUCAUUGCUGCAAAUAUGAAAUGAUCACUUUAAAACUGCACAGUCAUUUGUUUCAUUGAUUGUUGUAAGCACAGCAAAUAAAUUGGGCUGUUAGUGCAGUUUCUUUACAUAGGUAUAAAUGACUCAUUUAGAUGAUGGUGAUGAUAAUUAAUUUUGUAUGUGCUGUAAACUGCCUGGCCAGUCUGGGCGGCUUACUGCACAAAUUAAAAAUGGUAAAACACAAGAAAUUUAAAACUUCCCUAAACAGGGCUGCCUUCAGAUGUCUUCUAAAAGCCAGAUAGUUGUUUAUUUCCUUCAAAUCUGAAGGGAGGGCAUUCCACAAGGCGGGUGCCACCACCAAGCAGGCCCUCUGCCUGGUUCCCUGUAAUCUCACUUCUCGCAGUGAGGGAACCACCAGAAGGCCCUUGGAGCUGGACCUCAGUGUCUGGGUUGAAUGAUGGUCUUGGACCAUUGAGCCAUGUGCUUGUUUGAUGGCUUUGGUGAAGUAACUCUCCUCUUUCAGCUUCACUUCCCCAUCAAUAAAAUGAAAGUAAAAGUGACCUCACUUGUUGUUUCUUGUGAAAAUGAAUGAGAUAUGGAAAUAAUUGUAUCCCACAGAUCAUUUAUCAAUAUUACACAAUGCAUUUUCCCCUCCAUGCUCCUUGGAGGAAAGGUAGAAUGAUAAACACAAUGCAUACACAAAUUAGUAUAUUCUCAUAGGAGGUUUUAGAUGCAGAAUUAUUAUGUUACCAGGCUUCCAUCAGCAAUAAGAUAGCAAGUAUGCUUGUUGAUUGUCUGUACACAGAAUGGUGUGAAUUCUCCCCCUAUGAAGUUGGUUUUCUGAAAUACGGUGCAUUCAUCCAUUCAGAAGAUUUUGGAAGUGAAUUCUUCAUGGGACGGCUAAUGAAGAAAAACCUAGAGUCCCGGAUCUGUUAUUUAGAAGGUAAUUGUAUUAAUUUCCUGUAAAGUGGCAUGUUACUCUCUUGAAAGCUGUUGUGAACUGGAUUUGCAAUUACUAAGAUCAUCAACCAGAUUUGUAGGUUAACUAUCAUAAUUUUUGGGAAAUGAUUUUGAGGUGUAGGCUAGCCCAAGACAAUUAUGUGCCUGAUGCUGCAAUUUUAUCACACCCAACAUCAGCUGCCUGAGGAGGCCACCUCACUUUAAAUAUAAAAUGCUUUUCUGUUGCAAUAUGUAUGAAUAAACAAAUGUGUGUUUAUGAGCAAAUAGUACAACCAUUAUCUAUUAGCACAUGAAGUCCUAAUAUUUCAAAAGACCUAAAUAAGGCAGGAGGAGUAAUUAAUUACUAUUGAAGUUUUGAUUAAUGAUAACCAGCUGAAUGAGAAAGGAUGGAUUAUGCAAAGAAGAACUGAUCUUUCCCUAAAUAUGCUUGACUUUACAGCAUUGUGGAGCAAUAUUCUUGCUGUGAAUCUGCUUGAUGUCUGGAAUAAGUUGAGCAGUACAGAUGAAUCUUGGCAGAAACUUAUCAGAAGCAAAAUAAGAAACAUUGGUAGGAAUUUUGUUGUUAUCUUAAAAUAAUGUGUACAUAACAGCACACAUAUUCUCGUAAAUAAGCCCUGCAGAUGUAGCCUAGAUGGUUUGCCUCCAUUCACAUGAACAUAGUGAUGGCCAGUGUGCAGUUCAGAAACUGGAAGAGAUUUAAGGCAGCACAGUGCUGUUCUGUGGUGAGGAGAUAAGAAAGCACGUAUUUGGGCGUGCGCACACACUUGCAUGGACACACAUGCUGGGGUAGUGUGGAAGGCCACCUGUGGAAAGUUAUGAAAUGGUCCAUGAAAGCUUACACCGUAACAAACUGGUUAGUUUCAAGGUGCCACAAUAUUAUUUGUUGCUUUCACUAAAAGUGAGCGAUAUCUAGGUGUUAGCGAAUGUAGAUUAAAAAUCCCUGUUAAAGGGACGUUAAGGGAAUUUCCCACUUUUUUGGUAUCUAAAUGGGGCUACCUGUAUCUGUUCCAGGCAUAUGUAUUUGACAGUGUGUCAUUAUUCAUAAACAAUGCCAUACAUCUACUUUAAAUUGUGCAGAGGAAGACAAUUAUAUGAUUUAUGAAUAAGCCUUUUCAUGGACAUUUGCUGUAACGCUAUAGUGGCAUAAAGUAGCAACACGGACUGCUUCCUCCCCCUCCAAUCCCCUUCUCUUCCUUUCCCUUAUGCAGAGAGAAAUCAUAUUCCACCAGAAAGCUCUACUUACUUGGGGACCUCUUGGAUGUGUCCUGAUGGGAAGCUCUUUCAGAUUAUAAGAAAUAUUUUAACUGAUCGUCCAUUGCACCAUCACAUCCAUAACUUCCUCAAUGGCUUCCAUAUGCAUAAAGACUAUUACCAGGAGAGUCAGUUCUCUACAUGGAAAGGUAACUAUGUCUACUUAGACGUAUGGCCUAUUGAAUUCAGUGGGGCUUUCUCCAAACCAAAGGAUUAGGGUUACAGUUCUAGUUACAAAAAAUAAAGGAAAACAGCCCCACCAAAAAUAAUCAUCAUACCGUACGGCAUUUUAGUGUUGAUAAUUUAUUUACUAAGUUAAUAAAAUUGCUAUCCCACCCUUCAUCUGAAAGGACAUUUCUGACACACUAGCUAUUAAAUUCUUCUUUAGAACCUACAAACUUAUAUCUCCCCAUAACUGGGCCUGGGAUACUGAACAAUAGGUGAAAAUGUGGGUUUACUGUGAACAUAGUGACUUUGAUUUUACUUGUAAACAUAUGCAAGUGUUGAACAGAGCUCAUUUAUCACUGUCUCUCUCUUGUCAAGUUGUCUUGCCUUCCUUAGACCUGGAGUGCUGUUUCAAGAACACAUUUCAUUUUAUACACUUUUCUUCUUUUCAAAUGGACACAUGCAAUGUUCCGAAUACAUACCUAAAUAUGUAAAAUGUGAACAUGAUAAAAGUGUGUUCACCAACAUAUGUGUCAGACAGCAAAACUUUAUCAGUGAGAUGGGAUUGGCUGGAACACCAACUUGAAUGUACAUUCUGAUAAACACAACUGUCCUGCCAUGUAAUGUGUGGCAGAGCCCUGACUCCUUGAAAGUUCCAGGCUCAGGCAGAGGACUGGCUUCAAAUAGAACUAUAGAAUCAUGGAAAUGUAGAGUUGUAAGGGACCCUAAGAGCCACCUAGACCAAUCCCAUGACAGAUGGCCACCAAACCUCUGCUUAGAAACCUCCGAUGAAGAAGAGCCUACCACCUUCUGAAGGAGUCCAUUCUACAGUCAAACAGCUCUUACUGUUGGAAAGUUCUUCCUGAUGUUUAGUCGGAAUCUCCUUUCUUGUAACUUGAAGCCAUUGGUUUGGGUCCCAGAUCUGAAACAUUUUGUGAAAGAAAAUGGAUGAUAAAAAUCAGAUUAGAUUACUAGAUUGAUUUUUAUUGUAUAAUUUGCAUUUCAGACAGCCGACUGGACCACUUUCCUAAUCAACUGACACCAUCAGAAGAAGGUAUCUGCCUGGUCGAUGCUGCCUAUUUCAUCAAUACUAGCUGUCCCCCGCUCUUGAGAAAGGAGCGGAAAGUAGAUGUCAUCUUAUCAUUUGAUUACUCUCUGGACAACCCUUUCCAGGUCAGUGUUAAGGUAUUCUUCUGCAAACAGUUUGCUCACAGUAGAGGAAAGAGGAACUCUCUCCUACCCUCCAUGCCAGGGUCCCAAUAAGAUUCCUCCCCCCUCCCAAAAAAAUCCUUGCCAUUUUGAAAAAAAUGCAGUUUAGUAUUUUGCUGAUGCUUUGAUUUGCAACUGUUAAUACACAUUAUAUUGUAAUAGGCACUUUGCAGGAGUGGGGUGUUGAUUACAUAAAAUCUUGAAGGUUUUGAUUCUGUAAACCACCCUGAGAUCCCUGGGUAUAGGGCUGUAUAUAAAUUCAAUCAAUAGAUAGAUAAAUAGAUAGAUAGGAAAUGGUACCGUUUUAUAUCCAUCAUCACCAUCAUCCGACUGCAACAAACAUAAUCAAAGCCUAUCAUACACUAAAUAAUAUGUGCAUUGCAUCAGACAAAAUACCUUUGAACCAAUGUAGUAAUGGCUAAGGACCUAGAAACAAAGGAGAGCAAGACAUGUCACAAAGAUGUAAUUUCAAUGGGUACUGUUUCUCUCGUGCUUGCCAAAAUUUUCCGUUCUACACGGGUAUUAAAAGUAAAACUCAUUCCAGUCAUUCCAAGCUAUGGGCACUUGAGUUUCAAUCGAAUGAGGAGAAACUUGACAACAUGAAACUGAACAAAAGUGUAUCAGCUUUUUGACUUGUGAACAAAGCUACAAUUGUGGGUUUUCAGCGGAAAACAGUUCUUAUAUCAGGUGCUUCAAAAAGAAUUCUCUGUAGAAUGUAGAGCAGAAAUUAGUCUUAAACAACCCUCUAGAUGGAGUAUUAAAAAAGUAGCCAGGUAUUAUUUUCUUUAUUGUUGCUCAGCUCCCACACUCUUUCUUUCUCUGUGAGUAGGCACUUGUGGGGUAUUUUAUUUUAAAUGUUGUUCAUCAGCAUCAUCGUUCGAACGUAUCCUUAGAAUUGUGGCAAGCGAUGCUCAAAAUGCGCUGAAUCCAGUUUGUGUCUCCAAUGAAUGUCUGCAUGGGUGUUUUUUUUAAGGUAAAAUCUGCACUCUUUUAAAAUGUUAUUGACCCACACACUUAUGAUGUGGUCUGAGAGCUUUCUGGCUCCUUUUUCUUUUAACAAACAUUUUCUAGCUGCUUGAAGCCUCAUUGGGACAUUGUACAGAAAAAAGAUGGCUGCCCCCAUAAGUACAUUGGGGCAACCAUCUUUUCCUUGUGCAAUUACACAGGGUCACGGCAGGGACUUUUUACUCAAAACAUUUCAAUGAGCACAGCAAGAGUAGCCACUCCAAUCAGCUAGAAAUAAUUUAAAAACAGAAAUGUAGAGGCAGAAAGCCCUACAACUAUCUUGGUGUUGUUUUUUUAAAGAAAGUGAACCAUACUCAGAAAGGUUCAUAGACAUGUAGUUGAAUCCACACGUCUACAUUAUGAUCUGAGCAUGAUCCAUUGGAAUGCGGACUGGAGACCUUAGCUCCAAAUGGUGGAGUGAAUUGAAAUCCUGCCCCAGCCCUAAUUAUGGCUACGUAAUUUAAUGCCUGCUGAUUUAAAGGACAGCCUUUAAAGUUACCCGAAUUUCUUGUGCUACAGUCUAUAGAACAAACCAGCGAAUACUGCUUGGAGCAGGGAAUUCCUUUUCCCAGGAUUUCACUGAGUGAGGAAGACAAGAAAAAUCCAAGAGAAUGUUACCUAUUUGUGGACGAGGAGAAUAACAAAUCCCCCAUUGUGCUUCAUUUCCCGCUUGUGAAUGAUACAUUCCAGAAAUUUAAAGAACCAGGUACAUUUCACUUUCAACGUGCAAUAUUUUGUCUCAAAACAAAACAAAGGCAAGGUAACAGUAGGGGAGGGAUGAUCAAAUGAUUGAAAGAGGUCUGAACAUGUUCCCAGAUCUCCUAAACGAUUUAACCGGGGGCAUAUUUGUUUGUUUUAUUUUCAGGUGUGGAACGUAGGCAAACUGAGAUGGCAGAAGGCACAGUCCCGCUAUCUGGCUAUUGCUCACCAUACCAGCUGAUGAACUUUACAUACACUAAGAAAGAUUUUGACAAACUCCUGAAACUGACUGACUAUAACAUCCAGAAUAGCAGAGACGUCAUUCUUCAGGCUCUCUCCAUCGCCAUAGAAUGGAAAAAAUGUGGCUGGAAAUGUGCCCAGCCAUGUGACUCUUCUUAG